UCUGUCGGGCUGGGCGGGGCCGUGCGCUGUUCACUCAUCCUCACUCAAGUCAUUUCUUGUGUAUCCACUUCCACGCAUCCUCUGCCACAUAAAGCCUUGGAGGAGCCCAGAGGCCCGGCCAUGGACACACAGAAAGUAAGCCAUUCACUGUCUGUCUGUACUCUGUCACUGGCUCUCACAUGUCUCCUUGCUGCAGCCGGUGUAACUGAGUGCUUAUAAAUAGCAGCAGCCUUCCCAUUCACUGACUGCUGGCAUACCCAGCAUACCUCUAACACAGGGAGAUGGGGGCCUACAUGAUAACAGUGUGGGGAUUAACCAGGGGAAAUCAGCUCUGCAUAAAUAGCACAGCUUGGGUUAACCCACUAAGUGGAGGAGGCAUGGCUUUAUUUAAAGGAUAAUCAGAAGCAGGAGGGCGAGUAAAGGGUUAAUGGCAUUGGGAGGGGAUGGAUGAGGUCCCCAUGCAGCCCUGGGCCAUGUAUUUCUUAUAAAUUUAGUGUGGUGCAAAGUGCUAAAUGUAGAGCAGUCUCCAUGGAAACCGAUGGAAUGCACCCAUUGACUGUUCCACUUUUUAGAACUUUGCCCUAGAGUGUCUGUGUCCCAAUGUUGCCUGGGGAUGGAUGUGCUGCUGCUGUUAGAUCACCAUGGGCGUGGAGGGGAUGUGCUUUUUUUUUUUUUUUUUUUUCGAACAGAUUUUCUCAGUGUCCUGUCUGUCUGUGUGUUUGCUUCCUCUCUCUUUUAUAGUGUAUUGUUUGCUUUGUCCCCUGCUCCACACCCCUUUCUUGCACUUGCCUCGUUGCACUAAUUGUUUCGUGGCUAUAUGGCAUCCCACAGAGCUGAGGCAGGUGUUUUUUUUUUUUUGAAAACUGCUAAAUUAUCAUGAUGCAUUGGGGUGUGCAAAACAAUUUAGGGAGCACAAAUCUGCAUUCUGAGCCGUAAGGAUGGUUUGAGAAAGUGUGCUCCUUUUUAAAUCUUUCUAGGCUACAUAGUUUCUGAUUUGUUACUUACGGUAAAUGAUCAAUUUCAAAAUCUAUGCCACUGGAAAACUCAGCUGUGUUAAUGCUCCCAAGUCAGCAUCCCCUCCUCCGUCUUUUCUUGUCCUGAUGGGAUUGCACACUGUGUAGCAGGUGGAGAUGUGUAAACCAGCUAAAUAAUUUAAAAGAGGAACCAGAAUAUUUGUGCGAAACACAGUGGAUUGCACAAUGACAGUCAGCUUAAUUCUGAAGUAACAUUUGGCAAAGUCAGAAUGCCAUUAUCAGACAGAAUCACAUUCUGAUGUUGCUUUUGUAGCAGCCUCAAUCUCACUGUAAUACAAAAAAAGUAUUUAUUAUAGCUUUCGUCUUGCUAGGGAAUAAAAGAAUGCAUGUUUUGGAUAAAUAGCUGGAUUUAAAUAACUUGUGUCCUUCUGCAAAAUAAGACAUUGCAAGGACAAUAAUGCUGCAUAGCAACGGACAUCAUAUGACAUGCCCCUGGGAUGGAAAUGAAGGCCACAUAAGUAUUUAGUCCAUGCAUCUCUUGUGCUACUUAUAAAUAGUUAUUCCUAUCGUCUUUUGUUACCAUUUACGCCGGCCUGUAUAGCAGAAGUCCUUUUUAUUCACAGAACCAUGGUAUUUUUGUAACUUUUAUACCAUUGGAAUACAAAAUGUAUUGUUCCAAAUGUACAAAAUGUUUUUAACAAUGUGUCAGUCACACAGAAAAUAUGUCAUGCAAAGAGAGAGAUGUAUAAAAGUGUUACAUAUGCACAAUAACCCUAGAAACCAUUUGGAUUAGCAGAAACAUUCCAAAAUAAAUUCUCUAUUAGAACAUUGCUGAACUAUUUUCCUAUUGCCUAUGUAGGUAUAUGUGUACACACACACACACACACACACACACACACACACACACACACACACACACACACACACACAAAACAAAAUAUGACAGCUGAGCUCUGUCUUUAGUCCAUCUAAGGCUUUACCAUAAAACAAAGUAGUCCCUACUUUGUCUUAUGGUUUCUUUGGAUUGUGUUAAAAUUCCAACCCAGACUUGAUCAGUAUUUCAGAAAUCUUUAUGAAAUACUAAAAUGUGACAGAUCCACUUUAAGGAGGGAAGAGGGGUGCUAAGGUAGUGCAGAAUGUUGUAGUAGUUAUGGUGCUUGAAGUGUUGCAGCUGUUAUUUAGUAGCCCUGUUUAUUUGUAAUUUUUUGCAAUUUUAAAUCGAUACUAUAGUGCCAGGAAUGCAAAACCGUAUUUCUGGCACUAUUGCUCCCCAUGCCUACACCCUACCUGAUAGACAGCCACUGAGCGCAAACUUAGAGGUGUAAUGUAAACUGCACUGUUGAACAUUGCAGCACUAGGUGCAAAAGGGUCACAGCACCCAGACCACAUCAAUGAGCCGAAGUGAUUUGGGUGCCUACAGUGCCCCUUUUAAUAUAUAUAUAAUUGCCAGGGGUCCCUGUAAUUAAACAAAUGCUGAUCGACAGAAACCCCAGAUGGAGUAGAUCACUGAGAGGAAUAUCUUCAUUGAAUAAUUAUUUACAAACUUUAUUUUGUUUACAAAUGCAUUAAAAACAAGCAUAAUGUGAAAAAGUGCUUGAACAGUACAAAUACAUUCUAAUAAAUGGGGGCUGUUAAUGUGAUAUAAGUUUAAACACCGAAAGUUACUACGUUGUAACCAUAUUCUAAUGGCUGCAAGCCUGUGUUUGACAAUUUUUUUUUGUCAUGCGUGGAAAAAUAGAAAGUAGUCAUUAUUUAAUCUUAUGGUUCAACACACUCUUUAUGAGCAUUUUAUUGUUUCACUUUAGUCAAGAGAGGGUUAUUUCCCUCGUUGAGGAAUGUGACACACCAUUUUAGGGAGUGUGAUUCUUGUUUAACUUUUUGUACAUUUUGAAAACACCUCGUCUUGAAUACUUGUAAGAGGUUAUUCUGUCUCAUGCUGGCAAAUCCUUCAUUUACUGUCACCGCCUCAAAUGAUGACAGUUCUUUAACUAGGUCAAGGGUUCAGGUGUAACCACCAGCAUAUCCAGUUUAUACAAAUUUAUCCCAGUUAAAUGUAGUAAUGAAGCCAAAAUAAUUUAUUAUGAAGGGUACAAUGGCUUUUUUCAGAAAUACAGUUUAAUCAAAAUAAUGCUGCAUGUAUGUUUUAAAGUUGAACCCCUGCCUAACACAAUUUCUAAAGCUAGCAACAGUGCCGGACUUGGGAUACAAAGCAGCCCUGGAAAAAACAAUAAAUGCCAGCCCCAUAAGUCAUUGCGCCAUUCAUUAUCACAUGUAAUUUGUAAGGCUAUGUCUUGCGCAUAUAUAUAUAUAUAUAUAUAUAUAUAUAUAUAAUAUGACAAAAACUCAAUAGCUUGCCAUUCCGUACAUCCCCACUCAGGUCUCAAAAUAGUUUUUUCUCACUUGUCCCAUUACAGAGAGAACAUAUCUGAAGCAUAUCAGACUGGUCCCAGCCGUAUGGGCAGUCCAGAUCCGAAAUGCCAGCAAAUUCACUCUGCACGAGAGGGACAGUGAGGCACAGUGAGGGGUCCACGUCUGGAUUACCCUUUUAACUUGGGGUGAGCCAUAUACAACAGCUUUGAAACACAACUUAGGAAAAGAUGCAAAGCCAGUAACCAAUCUCAUGCUGAUGAUUUGCAUUACCAAUGAAACAGCUGUCCAUGAGUGGUUCACUGGCUUUGCAUCUUUUCCUAAGUUGUGUUUCAAAGCUGUUGUAUACAGCAAACACAGGCUCAAAGGAAUCCAUGUUUAAAAUGGAAUGAGGCAAAAAUGUGAUUCUUUGAACUUAUUUGCAUAUGCCCACCCAGAAUCCUUUGUGGCAGUAACAUCACUGCAGAUUUGGGAUUUCUCUGUGGGAAAAGCAAGUCUUAUGGCUUUACUGAUGUGCAGAUUUUUGUUUAACAUUGUAUUAACUAUCCACAGACUUCAGGUGGAUGGGGGUUUUCAAUCUUUCAAUCACAAUUGUUUCCCCACCAUAACCUUUUUGGUAUAUAUAUAAAAAAAAAAAAAAUAUAUAUAUAUAUAUAAUUUUUCUAAUAUAAAAUAUUGGUUCUUUUAGAGGAAAACAUUUAAUUAUACAGUAAGCAUGAUCACUGACACACACAUGCUCCCUACAGAAAAGCUCACUGACACAAACAUGCUCACUAAAGAAAAGCUAAUUGACACACAUAUGUUCCCUAAAGAAUAGCUCACUGGCACACAAAUGCUCACUGACACACACAUGCUUCCUACAGAAAAGCUCACUCACACACACACACACACACACAUAUGUUUCCACCAGGCAAGCUCACUGAAACACACAUGCUCACUGACACACACUCACUAGCAGCCACACACACACUCAUUCACUAGCAGCCACACACACACUCAUUCACUAGCAGCCACACACACAGGCUCUCUCAUUAGCAGGUACACACACAGGCUCUCUCAUUAGCAGGUACACACACAGGCUCUCUCAUUAGCAGGUACACACACAGGCUCUCUCAUUAGCAGGUACACACACAAGCUCACUCAUUAGCAGGCACACACACAAGCUCACUCACUAACACAAUCACUGUCUUGGCUGAAGCUUACCAGGCACUGGUAGGUGAAGUCGUCAUUUUGUGGCCGCCUCCUUCCAGCGAGGUCAGCAACGUGCCUGGGGGCGCAGCUUGCAUGUGGCGGGGCAUGCAGCCGCAAUUGAUAUACAUUGUGAAGGGAGACUGACAGAUCUUAGUCUGGCCGCCAGCAGCCUAAUUGCGCCCGGACCAGCACCCAGCUCCUCCCCAUUUAAUCCCUUCGGACUGACACAGGCUGGCACUGUUCGAGGGGAAAAUACUUAAAUAGCAUUAUCCUGAUGAUCAGAACUGUUUGAUCAGCCCCAGGUGCCGCGACCCACUGGGAAAUUUCCCGGUAUCCCAGUGGGUCAGUCCGGCUUUGGCUAGCAACAAACUUUUUUUGUUUUUUUGCAUGAUUACAUGUAUGUCCUUGAAUAUGUUUUGAUAAAUGUGAUAUUCUAUAAAUAAAUACUGUACUACAAAAUCAUAGUGAUAGUCAUGUAAGACAGUGUUUCUUCAACUUUUACUAAGAAAUACCCCUGCAAGUAAUAUCUAGUGAUUUAAAUUCCAAAUGAAAUGUGUAGACACUGAUAUUUAAGUUAAUCCCAUUUUGAAGGACAAGCCUGAAUAAAUGUAGGAACAAAUAUAUAUAUUUUUUUAUAAAUAUGACAUAAUGUGAAUAUUAUGUAUAUAAGCCGAAGUAUAUGAACUAUUAAUCUGAACUAUGAAAGUCACAAAGUGAAAAUAUUACAUACGUUAUCGUUGCACACAGAGAACACACAAACUUAUAGCUUUGGGGCAAUUAUAUAAGACCAAAUCAGAAAACAGAACCUUAUUUUUUUUUUUUUUUUACAUUCUUUAUUUUGUCAUUGAUGUCAGUGCAAUACAAGGAACAUUUUGCGAACUUGAAACAAUAUGUGGUAAACUUUUCAUUGAUAACAUGCAAUGUUUAAGGGUGCUGUACUAAACAUAUAAUGCAGUCUAACAUCAACAUUUUUUAUUAUAGUAAGGUGUGUGGGCUUUAUAACCCAAGGUCUUGGUAUCAUAGCCCUCAUUAGGAGCCGUCUACCAUUGCAUGUUGGGUGCCUUCAGAGGCGCCAUUGAGGAAUAAGUGUGUGUUUUUGUGCGUUGGGUGAUGCCCGUCGUCUCCCCAUAGGCCCAUGGAGAACCUUAUUUUUUAUGUAUGUAAAAAUAAAACCAAUCUUCAAUUUGUUUGAUAGUUGGCAUUCCUGCUCAGUUAAUGGAUUCCUUGAACUUGCAUCACCACUGCUCAAGAAGCACUAUUAUCCCUCAAUUAGGGUCACAAUUCAACAACAAAAUGUUUGCUGCAAAACUGAAAGUGCUUCAAGUUGAGUUGGGUUUUUUGUUGUUUUUUUUUUUUUUGGAUCAACAGUAAAAAAGGAUGUGAGAGGCUGAACUUGAUGGAUACUUGUCUCUUUUUUCAGCAUUGUAACUAUGAAACUGUCACCAAGCACCAGUGUGGUGAUGUGGAUACCAUCUGCAGUAAACCCUCCUUCUUCUGUUAGAAUUUGACAUUUUUGAGGGACUUCAGUAUUGACUACUGCAAAAAAAUGUUUAAUUGACUCAAUUUUCUAUAGAUUUUCCCAAUGCUUGCCUACAUUUUUGGUUAUUACUUACUGUAUUUCCGACAUCUUGAGCUCAAUGUGUGCCUUUUAUAUGUAAAUACUGGCUGACAGGCAGAAAGCUGAAAACUUAAAGGUACACUCCAGGCACCCAGACCCCUUCUGCCCAUUGGAGUGGUCUGGGUGCCAACUCCCACUACCCUUAACCCUGCAAGUGUAAUUAUUGCAGUUUUCAUAAACUGCAAUAUUUACCUUGCAGAGUUAACUCCUCCUGUAGUGACUAUCUACUAGACAGCCACUAGAGGGCACUUCCAUGUUUAUAGCACACGAAAAGUGUGCUAUAGCAUUUCUGGACGUCCUCAAGUUAUGUGAGAGGACCUCCAGCGUCGCUGAAAUCCCCACAGGAAAGCAUUUUUCAGUGCUUUCCUAUGCGGAGGUCUAAUGCAUGUGUGCGGCAUUGCCACGCAUGCGCAUUAGGUCUCCCCCACCGGCGGCUGCGCAUGCUCAAUAGUCAAGGAGCGUGGGCGGACCCUGAACCAGCACCGAGGGACAUCGGUGCUGGAUACAGGUAAGUCACUGAAGGGGUUUUAAUCCCUUCAGCAAUAUGGGAUGGGGGGGUGGGAGGGAGAGGGGACCUGCAGUGCCAGGAAAACGGUUUGUUUUCCUGCCACUGGAGAGUCCCUUUAAUGUCGCAUAUAAAACCAGCCAAGGUCACUGUGAGGCUGGCUUCACCCACAAACUCGUCCUUCCCAACCUCUCAGGAUCUAAUGUGUGGGCGGCCUCAGAAAAUGACAUCAUUGCGCCAGAGACCACCAGGUAGAGUUUCAAAUGGGACAAUGCACGCAUCUGUUACCCCAGACUUGAAGAGGCUGUCCAAUUUGGCAACUUCAGCAGUAAUUAGAGAUAUUGUAUAAGUUGUUCUGCAGCUUUGUGCUACAAUGUAAUUACGUGACCCACCAUUGUGACAUGCUCAAAGAACUAAACUGGCUGUCACUGGAAUCCAGACGCACCCUUUAUCUUUCCAGCCUUGUGUUUAAGAGUUUUUCUGGGAAGCUCCCGCCCUACCUGAGCAGAAUGCUCUCCCUGGCUGUUCCCACCUCCUAUAACCUCCGAUCCAGUACCAGCACUUUAUUUAUUCUGCCUCAAUACAAAAUAAAGCAGCCCGAUCCUCAUUUUCCUACGAGCACCUCAAUUAUGGAAUGACCUCCAGCACACUUUCAAAUCUUCCCCAGGCCUAAAGUCCUUAAAGAGAUCUCUCUCUACAUAUCUCAAAACAGAAUGCACGUGUCAUGGUUGAUUAUAUAUUUCCUACCUGUUCUAUGUUAAAUUUUGUAUAUAUUGUUUUUGUAUUUUAUGGUACACUAUUGUAUCAAUACAAUGUUUUGUGGGCCCAUGACAUACUUGAAAAUAAGAGAAAUCUCAAUGUAGCCUUCCUGGUAAAAUAUUUUAUAAAUAAGUUAUUUAUUUAUUUAUAUAUAUAUAUAUAUAUAUAUAUAUAUAUAUAUAUUUGUGUUAGGUGCUUAAGAUAGUACAGUGUGAAAUACCAUGAAUAAGCGUAGGAUGAUAAAAGGAGCAAGUCGGUUGUGGUGUGCCGAAACCGACGAUGAGGUAGGCCUGAGAAAGAAGAGGGCCCACCCAGGAAAAGAAAUAGAAAGGAAAAUAAAUGUUAAAAGUGGUGUGGUGGGAGGGUCAUUCAACGCUGACCUCGAACGGUAAGGAGCCAGGCAAGGGGAGUGCCUUAAGUAGGCUAGGGGUAGAAAACCAGCACCUCCCACAAAUGCAGGCAAAUUGCCUUAAUACUUGUGUUAGGUGCUUAAGAUAGUACAGUGUGAAAUACCAUGAAUAAGCGUAGGAUGAUAAAAGGAGCAAGUCGGUUGUGGUGUGCCGAAACCGACGAUGAGGUAGGCCUGAGAAAGAAGAGGGCAAAAAUUAAGUAAUCCAAUUUAUUAACAGACAACCAAUACAUAUACAUUUAUCAACCAGACAUGUUUAUGAAAGCAUCUCUUAACUCUUGUACUGGGUUCGGUAUGUACCGUGAGUAAGCGGAUGACUUCCAGCGCCCCAGUGUUUUGAUAACAUGAGUUGGGACGUUGAAACUGGAGGCUGUGGACGCGGCUCCUAUACGAAAGGAGUGUCCUGAGUAAUUGUUUGCGUUGAGGCCCAGUUGUGUGAGCAAGGACCUGACGUAGGUCAUGAAGGUUGUAGUGGUGAGUACUGCACCUUGUAGUUGUAAUAACGGUUGCGAGGGCAGUAAGUGAUGGUGCUGUAUGUAGGCAUCAAGAACUUUUACGGGACACCAUCUGUUGUGCGUGGGGUAGUACGGAAUGUUUACAGGUAUGUGCUGGCUGGUUUUGGAGUGAGGUAAAGACAGGAUGUAAUGAUCCAUAUGUUUUGUCAAGUGGGAAUAGAGGAGGAAUGGAGUGGUUUGGGUCGUGGAGGUCGUAGUGAAUUCUCUGGGUCGUAGAAAUCCAUAGAAAGCAAUGUAUAUUGCUGUUUUGAUGAUAGAAUUCGUAUUAGUGUCAAACGGUUUCAGGUCGAGUAGGUUAGAUAAAGCUUUGAAGAUAUGGUUAUCUAUGGGUAGCCUCUGGGCCAAAUGUGUGGGUUCUGAUUUUUUGAAUACCUCUGAGUAUGGUCUUAAUUUGGUGAGAGGCCAUGAAACUGUUGUUAUUUGGGUGUAAGAUGAGCAUGUGGUGUUGAAUGCCAGUGAGAUAGAGUUUGAUGGUGUUAUAUGACAAUUUGAGUUUAAGGUGGCAAAAGGAAGCAAACCCCAAAAAAGAUGUCAUAACAAACGGUUGUAUGAUGUUAUGUUCCAGAAGGAAUCGUUUGAAUAGUGUGAAAGCCCUGUUGUAUGUUUUGUUUGUCUCAGUUGAGACUUUCACACAAUACAAUGUCCUGCUAUGCUGCAUGAUGACGUCUAGUCCAGUAUGAGUUGUUGAAAUGUUGGAGUGAUGGUGGCUGUGGGUGCUGCUGACGGGAGUGCUUGAUGAAACUCCUGAAAUUUAAAGCGAGACAAACUGUCAGCAGCUGUGUUGUAUACACCUGGCACAUGGAAACAACAUAGGAAGAAAUUAUGACAAGCUGCCAACCAAGUGAGUUUCCUCAGAAAUCUCAUAAUCGUAAGAGAUUUGGAACGACCUUUGUUGAUGAUGUGACAGGUCGCCUGGUUGUCUGAGUAACAACGCACUGGCGUAUUAGCCCAUAAAUGACCCCACGCUACGGCAGCCGCCACUAUGGGGUAGAUCUCAAAAAGAGCUGAGGUAGUGGAAAAACCUUCCAAAUCCAGAACUGCUGAAGGCCAGCUGCCCCAAAGCCAUUCGUUCCCAAAAAUUGCUGCAAAACCAGUGGUAGAUGCCGCAUCUGACCAAAUGGUAGGAGAUGAUUCAGUCAAUUGAGGGAGGAACAUACUUUUACCAUUCCAAGUGGUUAAAAACCUCUUCCACAUGUUUAGAUCUGCCGUAGCUUGGGCAUCUAAGGACAACCUGUGCGUGUCAUGUAGAAAAAGUGGGAAAAGAUGCAAUAGUCGUGAAAUAAAGGAGCGGCCUUGAGGUAUGAUGCGCAUUGCAAAAUUUAGUGACCCCAGCAGGGACUGUAGUUCUUUGCGGUUGCAAGUGCCGAGCUGUAGGUAGUUGUUUAUGUAAGUGAGAAUAUUGUCUAUCUUUUCGUAAGGUAGGCUUGCUUGCAUUGUGGCAGAGUCUAACUGGAUACCCAGAAAAGUGAUAACUGUGUCUGGCCCUUCUGUUUUCUUUGGGGAGAUGGGUACACCUAGUUGCUCAAACAGCUUAGUGGUAGCUUUGAGGCUAGUGGGAGGUGCAGUAUUCUCCUCGACCAGUAGGAAAUCGUCCAAGUAAUGUAAUACUGUAGGGCAUCCGGCUAUGUUCAAUAGUAACCAGCAUAGUGCUUCGGCAAAUGUGUCGAAAAUAGCUGGGCUACUUUUGGACCCAAAAGUUAACCGGGAGAAAAAAUAGUAGUUCUCGGACCACUUGAUGCCAUGCAGGUGCCACAGUGUGGGGUGGAUAGGGAGUAAUUUGAAGGCGUUAGUAAUGUCGGUCUUACUGAGCCAGGCUCCCACCCCUGCUUGUAUGAUGGCUGUAAUGGCGUGAUCUAUGGUGGUGUAUUGCAGAGAGAAUUCCUCAGAGGGUAUGAGGGAAUUAAGACUGGGGUUGGCCGAUGAGUGGGGAGCCGAUAAGUCAAUGAUGAGUCUCUGUUUUUGGGAAGAUUUCCCUGUGACAAUACCAAUAGGGUUGGUGCGCCAUUCUGUGAAUGGGGGAGUUCUAAAAGGCCCCAAUACAAAGCCCUCCUCCACUUCUUGGUUUAUGAGGGUGUCAACCACUGUGGGGUUGUGUUGGGCGGAUUGUAGGUUUGGGCAUUCCAGAGUGCCAGCUGGUAUGUGUAGGAUACCUGUGUGGAAGCCUUCUGUUAAACCAGAAAUAAGAAAAUCUACCAGGUGUCUAGAUGGGUGCUGAGACAUCAAUGCUGUGAAUACUGGCAUAUUAAUGGACGUAAGGUAAGGCUUAGAAUACAUUUUAUUUGGACACAUGGUCUUAGCAUGUGCCCUAAAACAUUUUGAACAGACAUGCAAUAGUCUACAUCCACUGUAAUUACAAGACCCAACAUUGAAAUUAUUACAUAUCUGGGACUUGCCCAGAAACUUGAUUGGGCGUCCCAAUUUGUCUUUGGAUAGUUUCCCUGGAUCCCCAGAGGAACUAGUUCCUUGUGUGGAGGCAUGUCCGUCUGCCGUGUUGGGACAAAAAUUAGUAGUAUGGGCUGUGGAGGAGCAGUAUGCACAAGCUGGUGUUCUUAGACCUGCAAAGUGUCUGCAAAAUAAGACGGUAUCAAUCCUUCCCCAGUUGGAUCGUGUACCGUACUGGGAGAAGGCUCCAGCCACUUUUGCAGAAAAAGACCUAUGGUAGUCAUAGAAUGCUGAACCACCAUAUUUGUUGCCCAGGUCUACCAGCUUGUGCAUAUAGAGAUCAAACUCCUCUCUUCUGUUGGGAUAAACCGCACAGACGACAUCCCUGUAAAUACCAAACGCUAGUACAAAUUCAGGGAUAGUCAGUUUCCUGUUCAGGCGGGCAUCCCUAGAUCUGACAAUAACAGAAACAUCAUCAUAAGCAUACGUCUUAUGUUCCACAAUGUCCUGGGAGGCAAUCAACAGGGAAGCCAGGUUGACGUCUUUACCUUCCAGGAUAUCCCUUUUGAUAUGCUCAGGUAUCAUGUGGGCCGGGCUAACUUCCUGGUCAUCCAGGGGGCUGGCUGGAGCGACUAAUGGCAAGGCUGGUGUUUGUACCGCAGCCGCGGGUGGCCCUGCUAGAGUGAGGGCCGUGGUGACCGACUCAAGUUUCUCCAGCCUGGAGUUGACCUUGCCCAUGGAUGCCAUGAGUGAGGAUAACAUGGCAUGUAUGUCCCCUGGGUUGGACUGGCUAGAUCCUUCCCCGGCUUCCAUGUUAUUGGUUGAUGUGCGUAGCAGUUUGAAAAGUUCUGCCUUCCUUGCUGUAGCGGGGUAGGGGAUUUGUCGUCUCCUUAAUUCCGUGGUUAUGCGCGGGAUUGUCCAGGAUCUAAUUGAUGCUGGACUAGCUAGCUCUCCUCCUUGUGUGGGAGUGACAGCUCUAGCCGGGGUGCUAGGCAGGGAGAAAUCCUCUACCCCUUCCUGAGACAUACUAUAAAUAAAACAAUAAUUAGUAUAUAGAACCACCAAAUUGUACUGGCAGGCUAGCUAGGCCGGAUGGCGAAAGUAUUAUGCUUGUUUGGUGACAGGUGAGGCCCUACUAAUUGCCAAGCGGCUUGAGAGGCUCUAUCUAUGCGUUGGCGCGAGGGGUUAUUGAGGCCACUUGACGUAGUGGCAGGAGUUUUAGGCCUCUCGGUGACUGUACGACAGAAAACAGGGGAAGGGAGUGACAGGUGAGGCCCUCUCUUUGCAACAUGCGAGGCGGCUAGCUAACGUGUGGCCCGAUGGGUGUUUGCCUCCGAAACGUUUGAGGCGGGGUGUUGGCCUCGCGGGACCACUAACUAAUGGCGACAGCCAAGAUUGGGAAUCCUGUGACCCUAUUGCCAGUACUCUAAACUAGGGGGAUGAAAUGAAAUGUAUGGUAGAAUACCAUAUGAGCAGGUGUACGUACCUGGUAGUAUGAUAAAUCACAGGAAUAAACCAUGUGGAGAAAUUAUAUAAGCUCGACAGCCUAAAAAUGGGUAAAAGAGAGUAGUACGAUGAGUGUGGGGUGUAAAAAGAACCAGACUUAUAGUCUGUAGCAGCAAUGUAUAAAAUUAUGUUGAUACCAUGGGAAUAGCUAUGAGUGGCUCAGAAAUGUUUGCAUGCUUGAAUAAGACAUCUGAGGGAGGCCGUGGCCUAUGUACAAACAAUCUAUGUGUUACGUGAUAAUGGUGUGUAAAGGAAAACAUGAAACGUAGGUUAUAUACAUAUGUAUAUGACUGUGUAGGGGACGUAUGAUUGGUUGGAUCAGUACGUGUGAUUCAACUCAAGUAUGCAUGCAAAAGGAUUUAAGCCUUAUGUGUCAUCAUCAUGAUAGAGAAAUGAGGCCUGUAAUGUAGGCUGAGUAAAUUGAAAUGAAAUGGAUAGUUAUAAAACUCCUGGCGUGGGAGUUCAAUGAUCUGUACCGAAAUGUAACUGGUUUUAUAGAAAGGGACAUGGAUGAGGUCAUGGCCUAAUUAACACAGCGUUAUGUAUGAUAUGUAGCAGAAAGACCAAAGGCAGGGAUACCCCAAAAUGAUUUAACAUGAUGUAAAGUGAUGUAUAUCUAUAUGAUAUGUAUGUAUAGCAAAGACGUAUCAACCCGAGAAUUAUUGCUUAAAUGAACCUAUCCUUGUAUAUGUUGUAUUAAUAACCCAGAAAUGAGGCUUGUAACAUAGGCUGAGUCCAUUCGUAUAAAUGGAUAAGUAAUGCAGACCCCUGAAAGCGUGGGAGUCAAAUGGUAUACACAGAGAAGUGGACUUGAUUUGUGGACGUAAUACAAUACUGACAAUUUGUUAAAAGUAAUCAACAAUAAUCUAUUUAAGCAAGCAAUACUUUAACCGAAUGUUAUAUACACAUGAAAUGGUGAAUAUAAUUCAUGAAAGGAUUAUACGUGAACACACAGAACAGCCGAAAGCAAAUGUGAGGGGAACACAGAAGUUAGAAUAGUUUAACCGUAUGAUUUAUGCGAACCAAAGCGUGUAUGAGCGUAUGUAAAAUUUGCCGAACGGCAAAACAACCGAAUGAACAUUCGUUUAAAUAACAUGAAUAGGAUAUGCGAAAUGACUAUUGAACGAUUUAAAACAUGUUCAGCCGAAUGACCGUACGAAUGAAAAGCCCGCGAAUGGCUUGAAACAUUCGUGUCAUAACCAGGGAAAAGCCGUAAAGCGAGGACCCGUGCUGUACCGUACGCCGUGGGAACCAGUCCUGGCGUGACAGGAAGGUCUGACUUACGGUUUAGGAGUCCCUGGGACGCGAUCUACAACGGAGAACGGAGUCAGAAGAAGCUGGACGGGCGGAAAGGCCUGAACAGGAUUCCUGGACACAGCUUAACGUGGUGAAACCUCCUGGAUACUGAAACCAAGAUGGCGUCUGAGAGAACCCGGAAGUGGAUCCUCAUUCAACGCUGACCUCGAACGGUAAGGAGCCAGGCAAGGGGAGUGCCUUAAGUAGGCUAGGGGUAGAAAACCAGCACCUCCCACAAAUGCAGGCAAAUUGCCUUAAUACAUAUAUAUAUCUCAAAACAGGAUAUCACUCUCUGGACUUUUCAAAAUGUAAAAUAUAACAUUUAUUGUCAUUAUCUAAUCAACGUUUCCGAUCGAUCACCGCAAGCUUGAGGGGAUCGAGCUGAAACAUUACAUUUUCUUUUUUUUUUUUUUUUGGUAAUGACAAUAAAUGUUAUGUUUUACAUUUUGAAAAGUCCAGAGAGUGCUAUCCUGUUUUGGUUUUUGUAUUUUUGCCUGACAAGCACCGGGCAAGGAAUUUCAAUUUAUGGAGUGCAAUUUUAUUCCAAACAGUCAAAUCUUUACUUUAACUGUAAUGCCAGCCUAGUAAAUCACAACAGUUUGUUUGAUAUUAACUAGCUUUCAUGCAAACACAGGCAGUCUUUUACUAGAUUCAGUUACUCACUUUCUCAGUCUUUUUAACUGGACUGAUCUUUUAAAAGUGGUGUGUAUUUGUGUUUAAUAGAAGUAUAUACAUACACACUCACUUUUUUUAUAUAUAUAUAUAUAAUAUAUAUAUAUAUAUAUAUGUUCCAAAAACUACUGCUUGAAUAGUUGCAAGCUCCAGAAUAACUCUGAACAUACACCCUUUACGUGCAGACAGCUGUUAUAUAAGCUGUUACUGCAUAUUGGUGAUCUCACCUUUUAUAUUAAAAUGUUGAGAUGCCAUAGUCUGAAAUAAUAAAAUCGCUUCACUAACUCAUUAAAGGAACUCUGCAAACAGAGUGUUAGCUUUUUGCUUUCUUAUAAAAAUGCUGAUUUCAAGAGUGAUCACCACUUUAACAAUGCUCCAAAAUUGAAUUCUCCGGAAUGUCAUAAUUCACUUGAAUAGUUCCCCAGCACCGAGCGGAUGUGAGGCUUCUCAUAGAAUAGCAUUAGUUUCUGUACUUAUUUAUGAGAAGCACUCCAGGUGUUGCUAUGCAUGCUCCCUGCCUUCCACUGAUUCUGUAUGAGAAGCACUUGAGUGGUUGGGAGAAUAUUACUAGUGAUGAAAUUCUGUGUGCAGAUUAGAGCUGUGGUGAAGGGGCCCUGUCAAUCAAUUCUACAAUUAUAUGCAAAGAAUGAGCCAGUGAAAGUAGUGUGCACUCCUCGUAUAUAACGUUUUAAAGGAAGGGAUAACAUAACUUAUAAUUGCUAUUUUUUGUUUGUUUUAUCUCUGCUCUUAUUUGUUCUUAAUUCCAUAUGUUUUUCAUCUUGUCCGUUUCAUAAUCUGCACUGUAGCUGAAGGCAGAGGAAAUAGAAAUAGAUCCUUACUCCCCUACAAUCUUUAAUGUUUAAAUGCCACCACCACUUCACAGCAGCUGUCCUGUGGAAUAGUAUUGCCUGUUUAAUUAUAUACAGUAGGAAGUCCUUGAGUACUGAUCACUGCCUCUUUGGGGAUUAUGGUUUUAAGUCGUACAGUGAAACACAUUCUCCUAACUAGAGCACUAUCUGACGCUGCGGAAACAUAUAUGCAUAGACAGGUCUUUUUUACUUUAAGUAAACAAAGUUACAGGAUGUGGCUUUUUGAUUGUCUGAGAGAACUGUCUAAAGUCUAUAUAUAUAUUAUUAAAGUAAAAUUGACUCAAAGAGAAGGUAAUAAUGUAGGUUUUUUUUACUUUUAUUUUGUUUAAAUUGUUUCGAUUUAGAAACAUAGAAUGUAAUGGGAGAUAAGAACCGUUUGGCCCAUAUAGUCUGCCCAAUUUUUAUAAAUACUAUUUUAAUCCCUUUAGUCCCUUGCCUUGUCUUAAGUCUAUGAUAUCCUUAUGCCUAUCCCACGCAUGCUUAAACUCCCUCACUGUGUUAACCUCUACCACUUCAGCUGGAAGACUAUUCCAUGGUUCCGCUACCCUCUCUGUAAAGUAAUACUUCCUGAAAUUAUUUUUAGACCUUUGUCCCUCUAAUUUAAGACUGUCCUCUUGUUGUGGUAGUUUUUCUUCUUUUAAAUAUAGAAGAAAAACCACAACAUGCUUACAUGGCAUUUUUGUUAUUGAUAUGUAAGCACUGUUACAGAAUACAAUGCCUAUUACCAGAAAAUGCUUCUGUGUCAGUAUUAAAUAUUUAUGUAGUUGUAACAAACAAAACCUCUAUAAUAAUGUUUAAGUUGAAAGAAUCAAACGAAAGUGAACCACUCCCAAAGCCUCAGUCAUCCAGAAUGCAGAGCCUCCCAUUGCAAUUGGCGAGCAAGAAUUUUACUCUUUGGAAAUUAGAAGCGUUAUAGUUAGGCAGUUGUCUUGCAACUACAAUUGAAGAAUCCAACUGGAAAAUUGAAAAGUUUUCUGGAUUUGUUUCUUUAUGGACAAUUCAAGUAAUUCUACAUAUAGAGGACAAGUGUGAAAGAAAUGUAUGUUUGUUUUCGAUUUAUUUUUUCAUAGCAGACUAAAACCACUCCAUCUGAUGCAUGUAAUACAGUUUGGACUAAAGAAUAGGGAGAUUUGAUUCUCUGUUAAUCCAUUGCUAUAGAAUAGGCUACCUGGCUAAAAAAAAAUAAUAAUUCCAUUUCUGUUUAAGAAAUUUGUGAACUCAUUCUUUUAGAAUCUCUUGAGUUCUUCCUAUGGCCAUAAGCAGUGGUGUAGAUCCGCUCUUGAGUCCACACGCUGGGGACAUUGAAUCACGGAGUUCCAGUUUGAAUUGCUUGUCUGAUGGUGAAUUUUUGUAUGCAUUUCUUAGUAUGUUGCCACCGGAAAGAAAUUGUGUAAAUCAAAGUGGUUAUAGUUAACUAAUUAAGGCAAUUUUCUUUGAGGGGUUAACCUUUGUGUGUGGUUUACCUCUCCUUGUGAAAAAAAAAUUCUGUUAAAUAAUGGCACCAUUGCUAAUGCAUAUGAUCAAUUUGAUCAUAUGUUUUUCUUAAUGUAUUCAGGGUGAGUAAAAAUAAAUAAAAUAAUAUAAAUAUAUAUAUAUAUUUUUAUUUUAUUUUUUAUAGAAAGUUGAGCAGCACCUGCAUAUCUCAAGUUGGACUUUGGAAAGUCUUCCUUGGACUUGGGCACAGAAACUUGAGAAAUCAUGUUUUCAAAAUUAUCCCAGAGUUCCCAGCUUGACAUGCAAAUGAGCAUUACAUUGUGUUUCAUGCUUCAUACUGCAUUUCUGCAGAUAACUGUGGCAUUGGACACUGUUUUAAAUACAGUUUGUUUGUUUUGUUUUUAAAAUGAAAGCACGGGUUCCAAAAGGGUCAGGGACCAGAAACCAGCAAUGGAGCUGGCCCCAAACCUUCCAAGACCCAAAAGCCCAGCACCUGAUGUGGUUAUUACUGGGAGAAGCAAACAACCUUAUUCCUAUAUACUGGAGGAAAACCGAGACACCCACAGUGACACAAUGGAUAGACAGGGUAGAAGUAAUGAUAGAAAUGGAGAACCUACAUUGGUCUACACUAGGCUGUCAUGACAAAUAUCCAAACACAUGGGAACCCUGGCUAACCCUGGCUAAACCUCCUCUUCUCCUCCCCGUCGGCUGAAUGCGCACGCGCGGCAAGAGCUGUGCGUGCAUUCAGCCGGUCACAUAGGAAAGCAUUCAUAAUGCUUUCCUAUGGACGCUUGCGUGCUCUCACUGUGAAAAAUCACAGUGAGAAGCACGCAAGCGCCUCUAGUGGCUGUCAAUGAGACAGCCACUAGAGGAUUAGGGGGAAGGCUUAACCCAUUCAUAAACAUAGCAGUUUCUCUGAAACUGCUAUGUUUAUGAAAAAAUGGGUUAACUCUAGCUGGACCUGGCACCUAGACCACUUCAUUAAGCUGAAGUGGUCUGGGUGCCUAGAGUGGUCCUUUAAACACAGAAACCAGCAAUGGACUGCAGUUUCAACCUUGUGGAUCUCAUCAGCAUGGUGCUGGUUCUGGUCUGGAAGUUGAAUCACUAAAAAAAACAGUGUUGUUUAAAACUGUGUCCAUUGCUAAGUAUAUCUGUAGAAAUGCAGCAUGAAGUCUGAAACACAAUGCCUGUUUGUGCUCAUUUACAUGUCAAGUUGGGAACUCUGGGUUAGUUGUGUAAACAUUUAUUUCUUGAGUUACUGUGCACAAUUCCAGUUUCAGAUAUGCAAGUGAUGCAUAACAGUAAACUUUGUAUUUGCACAGUGGAGAGUGUUUACUGUGUUCGGUGUCACCACAAUCUUUUUUUUGUAGCUAGCUAUAAGUACAUAGGGUAUUUAUAAAUAUGUCUCUAGUCACUAGUAACCCAAAAGCACUUGCAUACAUAGUUGCUAUAGACAGCAGCUUAGUUAGCAUCACAGUUGGGCACAUGCAUGGUUGAACACUUGCACACAAAGACAUUAAAACUAGUGUCUUAAAAUGUUGAGGAAAUCUGUGAGUAUUCAGAAGCAUAAAUACAUAAACUUACAUAGGUUACCAUUUAUCAGAGAGGACUGUGCUGUUCCACAUAUCUAUUUUUGUAGGUGCAAGAAGCUGUGAUCUAGGCAGCACAACUUUCUAUCCUAUAUCCUCUCGCUCUCUGUAUCAGUUGGUGUGGGCCUUAUGCUUUAAAGUGCUUGAUGUGAAAACUAUGAUUGACUUCAUUUCCCCUCUGUGACUCCUCAUACCUCUCUAUUUUUUCCCCCUCUUUAAUAUAUUCCAUUAAAAGAACAAUGAAUAGUAUGGCAGCAUCUAUGACGUGGCAAAGAACCACAGAGAAGUCAUGCCCUAUACAAUCAGUGAAUUCCACUUAAGGAAAUAUUCAUAUACAUAAAGCAUUUUAAUGUCUUACUAUAUUUCCUUUUGGGAUUAUCCAUUUAACAAGGAGUUGUGAAAAAAAUGACUAGGGGAUUGCAAAUUGUAGCUUAAAAUAGCUGAGAAAUAGAAUGUUUCCAAUUCAACAAUUUGUGAACUAAAAUUUUCCAAAUUGCUAAAAUUCAUGGUUUUGACUUAACCUAGUUGUUUGACACCCGAUAAACUAGAAGCUGAGUAAUACAGAAACCUAUUUGGAUUCUGUACUAUCUUUAUGUAAAUUUGGUAAUUGCACCCCUGACAUUGUACACAAUUCCAUGUAUCUGUAUAGCAACAAAUCUGCCAAAUUACUUUUAAGUACAAUAUUCAACUUGCCAGCUAGACGUCAUUUAGUUAUUGCCAGCAGAGAGAGAAUAAAAGCCAUGCGUAAUUCAAUUAACAUGCUCGUCAGCCUUAAAUCCUAAAUCCUUCUUAACAUCACCUUUAUUAGUUCAGGGACUUUGUAGCUGCAUUUUUAACCUCUGCAAUGCCAGUGUCCUGGCAUUACUCCUAAUCUCAUUGACUAGUAGACAAGGCAUGCCUACUAGUAAUUUCUUAAAUGAGAUUAGACUGAUCUCUGGAAAAGGCUUUCUUUCAUAGUUUAAAAGCAUAGCUGCCUCAUCUUUCAUAAUGUAAUUUGUUGCUGUUGAGUGACUUCAUAUAAUUUGUUGUAUUAAAUUUGGAUUCUGAUAUCCCUUCUGGCCUUGUAUGCUUGUUCCCCUUCCCUUAUGAAAUGGACACACAUGCACUCAAAACAUCAUUAUGCCUUGAUUUUUCUACAGUCACAAAAAAAUUGCUUUAUUAUGUACAAAAAAUACCAAAGUAAAAACAUACAAGAAAAAUAAACACAAUGACAGAAGCAAGAGCAAAUACAAUAAUGUAAUGGUAAAAUACCAAAAAGAUUCUUACAAGCCACAAGACAGAAACACGAGUUACCAAACCCCCCAACGUUUCGGCACCAACUGGCUGCCUUUAUCAACGGUACCUGUGAUAAAGGCAGCCAGUUCAUGCUGAAACGUUGGGGGUUUGGUAACUCGUGUUUCUGUCUUGUGGCUUGUAAGAAUCUUUUUGGUGUUUUAUCAUUUACAUUAUUGUAUUUGCCCUUGCUUCUGUCAUUGUGUUUAUUUUUUUGUAUGUUUUUACUUUGGUACUUUUUGUACAUAAUAAAGCUAGUUUUUCUGAGAUUGUUAUAGCGUGCAUUCUAUAUUAUAUAGAUAUUUGGAUAUUUGAAACAUUUGAGGGAGUGUUUGUAUGGUUUGCACCUAGCUAUUAAUACAAUUGUGUCUCUCCAUGUGUUGGUUUGUGUUGAUUUUUCUACAGUACACAUAUUACAAUGGUUUUGGCACAUAAAAUACAUGAUCAGUCAAUCUAUAUAAAUUGCUACAUACUCAAAUAUAUUCACUACAAAUAAUGAAUGCACAAUCAACCAAGCACUCAUUUUGUUUCUGCAUGUGAGUGGCUUGUCCUGCUGAGUGAUGGCACUUGAACAACAUACUGUAAGCUGGGUAUCUGUUUAUAUGUAGAGGUUGGUUUUGUGUAUCACUUUACUUACUGUGGAUUACAUUUCUGCACUAGGGGAAAGUUAAUGUGAUGGAACUACUGAAACAUGAGAACGUGGUUUCACUUGGUUAGUAAUUUUCUUAGUGUAUAUGUUAAAUAGACAUGGUCAGAAUUAUCCAGGUAAUGAAGUGUUUGCUGAAUAAUGUCCUUAAAGGGACACUAUAGUCACCAAAAGAACUUUAGCUUAACAAAACAGUUUUCGUGUAUAGAUCAUGCCCAUUCAUUCUCACUGCUCAUUUCUUUGCCAUCUAGGAGUUAACUUACUUUGUUCAUACAGCCUUGUCACAGCUCCCUGCAUGUGACUCGCACAGCCUUUCUAAACAAUUCCUGUAAAGAGUCAUCUGUUUACACUUCAUUUGUUACACAGUCUGUUUAAUUUAGAAUUUCUCAUCUUCUGGUCUAUUAAUCACAUGCUAUACCCUGCAGGUGCCUCCUAUGCAUGUGACCACAGUUCAAUUUGCAGAGCAGGAGAUAAAACCAUAUAAUGCAAGUUACGUUUUAUGCAAGUUAAGAGUGUUUAUGUUAAAAAGCCUUCAGGGACAGGCAGUAGACCCCAUAAUGAAUACAUUCAUGCAAAAACUACAGUUCUUGUGAAAUGCUACCCUGUGUAAGCACUCCCCCUUUUCUCUGGAAGAGUCUAUCAGAGACUUCUCAUUGUGCACAAGCUCAUGUUCGAGCUCAUUUGAUGUAAGGUCUACGGUGGAACUGGGGGGAGGGGAUUCUACAUUGCAGGGUUAAAGGGACAACUACAGCUCUUUGAAUUUGUUCUGGUGAGUAGAAUCAUUACCUUCAGGCUUUUUGCUGUAAACACUGUCUUUUCAGAGAAAAUGCAGUGUUUACAUUACAGCCUAGUGAUAACUUCACUGGCCACAGAUGGCUGUUAGAGAUCUUUCCUGGGUCAUGGCUGCCUAAAAUGCAUCCAAACAUUCAGUGUCUCCACCCUCAGCAUGCAGACACUGAACUUUCCUCAUAGAGAUUCAUUGAUUCAUUUUAUCUCUAUGAGGAGAUGCUGAUUGGCCAGGGCUGUGUUUGAAUCAUGCUGGCUCUGCCCCUGAUCUGCCUCCUUGUCAGUCUCAGCCAAUCAUAUGGAGAAGCACUGUGAUUGGAUCAGACCACCACUUCUCAUGAUGUCAGCAGACAGCUUGCUAUUCUGAGACAAACAGCAUGCAGAGCUACAGCUUCAGGCUUGAAUACAAGUAAGAUUGUGCUAUAUUUAGGGAGGCAUGAGGGGCCUGGGGGGCUAGAUGGUGGUUUAUAACACUACAGGGUCAGGAAUACAUGUUUGUGUUUCUGACCCUAUAGUGUUCCUAUAAUGCUACAGAGAUUAAGUGGUCUGGGUGACUUAAGUGGUCCUUUAAAAGUAUACUCCAGGUACAAUAACCAUCCAGCUUGUGGGGUGUGAGUCAGAGAUUUGUGACAGAUAAUAGUGUUACAAUGUCACUAUUGACACAUUUUUAAAAUAUAUUUUUAGAAACCGCAAUAUCCAAUUUGUACUUACAGCCCUAUAACUUGCAAAAAGGCAAGUAAACACUUGGUGUUUUUAAACUCAGGACAAAUUUUUUUAUCUAUUUAGCAGUUUUUUUUCAUUAGCUUUUGUAGGUAAGUAAAAGAUUUUUCAAAAUUUUUCAAGCAAAAGUAAAAAAAAUGUGUUUUUUGUUUUUUCACCAUAUUUAAAAAAAAAAAUUUUUAAAGUAAAUUAUAUGACAUGAUACAAAUAAUGGUAUGUAAAGAAAGCGCUUUUUGUCCUGAAAAAAACAAUAUAUAACUUGUAUGGGAACAGUAAAUGAGAGAAAGGAAAAUUACAGCUAAACACAAACACCACAAAAGUGUUAAAAGAGCCCUGGUCCUUAAAGGACCACUCUAGGCACCCAGACCACGUCAGCUUAAUGAAGUGGUCUGGGUGCCAGGUCCCUCUAGGAUUAACCCAUUUUUUUAUAAACAUAGCAGUUUCAGAGGUUAAUCCAUCCUCCAAAUCCUCUAGCGGCUGUCUCAUUGACUGCCGCUAGAGGCGCUUGCGUGAUUCUCACUGUGAAAAUCCCAGUGAGAACACGCAAGCGUCCAUAGGAAAGCAUUAUGAGGGUUCAAAGGAAUGUGGCAAUCAUUUGUGUUUGUGUAGUAGAGGCAGUUUUUGCUUUCUACUGCUGCAAAUUGCCUCCCAGCAAACUCUACAAAUUGUUGUAAGCAGUUGUACUUUUUUUUUAUGUUCUUGUUAGGUUUUUUUUUUGUGGUGCUAUCUAAAGGAGAGUAUUGUUGCUUUUUUUUUAUAUUGUGUUUUAGGUCAGCAUCAUCAGACUACCAUUGGCAUCCAAGUUGGAUGGAAUUGACAAUGAUAGUGUGAAAGUGUAAAUUACAUAUUAUCCAUACAGCCAAGAAAGCGCACCGAUGUUGGUUUAUGCCAAAUGGUUCCUAAAUGGCAUAAGCCAACAUCAUGCUGAACUUACCUUUCCCCAAUCGAUUCCUCUCCUCUCCCUCUCUCGGGAUCUGUUCUUCAUUUCUUCCUAUCUGCUCUAGUUUUCUUUAAAAAUUAAGACAAAGUAGGCACUAUUUCUCUUCUGGAGGUUUCCUACGCCAUGACCAGCUAUGACCAGCGGAGGAGCAAAGUGUGCUUUGUUUCCGGUGGUCAGAGCAAUUUUCCAACAAUCCUUAGCUUUCCUCCCUGUUCCCACGAUGCUUCCUGUCAGUAUUGCCGAACGUCCUGUCAUUUAGACAGAACGCCGGCAAAACUGCCCAAUUGCGUACUAACAGAAUGAGAACAGUUUCUCCAUUCGUGUUAGAACGCAAUUCGGGACUUUGUUCGUAUCACUUUCCCACGCUGUGUAAAAUGACACAGAGCACUCUGAUUGGUUAGAUUCCAAGCCCACCAAUCAGUGUUAUGAGUAAAAUUACACAGCGUGGGAAAAUUCAGAAGAACUUCCAGGGGUGGGGGACGGGGGGGAGGACAGCAGGUCUCUCGUCCCCCCCAUUGUUAUUUAUGGCCCCCACCAACCGCGAAGGGGUGGGGGCCGAGGGGGAGGACAGUAGGUCCCCCCCAUUGUGAUUUAUGGCCCCCACCCAUUGCUCAGGGGUGGGGGCCAGGGGGCGGACAGUAGGUCCCCCCAUUGUGAUUUAUGGCCCCCACCCACUGCGCAGGGGUGGGGGCCGGGGGGGAGGACAGUAGGUCCCCCCCCUCAUUAUCUUUAUGGCCCCCCUCAUUAUCUUGAUGCCCCCCUCAUUAUCUUUAUGGCCCCCACCUACCGUUUAGGGGGCUUAAGAAGUGGUGGGGAGCACUGCUCCCUGACGCUUCUAUCUUUACAUAUUACAAGGAGGGAGCAGCGCGCCGGUAGCUCCCUCCUUGUAAUAAACUGAACGAACAAACGAACACUGAUAUUCAGUGUUAAUUUGUUCAUCUGAAAUUUCUAGUCAUUCAUUCGUGUUUAACUGGGCAUGUGUGGGAAUCUGUCUAUCUAGUGUGGGCAGAUGACGUGUCCCACAGGGACUUCCUCUACCCACACAAAUAUGGUGACGCCCUGAAUGUAGAUCGGGGCAGAAAAUAAAGUUUAAAAAUAGGUAAUAUGGGGCUGCUUAGGGGCAUUUAGAUGUAGUGGAGUCGGGAGGGGGGGUUAAAAAACAAAACGGGAUUCGGCCAUGACCGUGCCGCUUUAAGUGAGGGGACAGUGCCAAGCCAGUAAACUGUUGCUUCAGGAUAACAAAAAUAGCAGCUUUAUUUGUCCUGGAGUGCCUGAACCAUUAUUUAUUCCGCAUAUCUUGGAAGGGAGGCCUGGCCAGCCCUGGCUUCAGAGCACCUAGGUUAUUUGAGUGCGGUAUCCAGUACAUCUCUACUAUUAAACUUUUGCUAGCAAGUACAGCGAUUUGCUAAACAGAGUUCAUGGAAUAGUAAGAUUUCCAUAUGGAGGCCUGUCUUUUACUCUCUAGCUAUUGGAUAAUUGAAGGCAUGAAAGCACUCCCUAAAACUGAAUGUCCUACUGACAGAAAAGCUUAUGUUCCCUUUUCUUUCCACUCAUGUGCUGUACUAUUUAUAACUGUGCACCCAGGCAUACACUAAGUCUGACACUUUAUGAUGAAAGGAAAUCAGAAACUGGCUGGCACUGUUUCUUUGAAUUUACUUAUCCUAGAGAGCAUGUCCGUGUGGGGACAAGGUGUUGUAUUUGCAUACUUUUUAACCCUUUAUAACAUGCUGCUAAUAGACGGGGGGGGUGGGGGGGGGCGCAGAUAUUUAAAGCUUGUGCAAUUAGCACAAGCAUGAUUUCUUACAUUUUAGUACUAACAGCACUUUUAUAACCCCCAAACCCCUUGUCGCCUAAUUACUCUUUUGUGCAUGAUAUCCAAUAUGUCUUAUAGAAUAUAACCUUUCAAUUUGAAAAACAAAAUGCCAAAGGGUGAGUCUGCAGCAUCCCACCUAAUUAUUUCCCAUCAGCUAGUUUGGUGUUUGAGGUUUAAGUUACUACAACCAGUAAUGUUUUAAUAAAGCAUAUUUUUUGUUGGAGCAACCAUUGCAGGCAUUCCUUCCUAACCCCUCAUCCCAUUAAAAUAAAUAAAAUAUUAAUAUAUAAAUAAAAAUGCAGAUGGACUGGAGGUGGGUGUUGCAAAAGUCGGCCAACCAAAAAGGUGAGGACUAGAUCGGAGUUGAGGUUAUAUCUCACAAUUUUACAUUGAAAAUGUCUUGAAUCUCUGUGAUAUAUGAUGCAAUCAAAGUAUAAGAGAGUGAUUGAUUUGAAAGACCGGUAUAUGGGAGACCAUUAAAAUGAACCCAUAUGUGCAUGUGCAGUAUUAAUAGAUAACCAGGGAUACUUAAAACCUUUACAUUUCAAGACCUAUAGACUUGCCAGUUUUGUCAGGUCUGAUAUCAGUUGAGUUUGUGGGCACAGUGGAACCGACAGGUGGGCGUGUCCAUCAUUCAGCAUUAGAGACCAUGUACCCACUCAAAGGGGGCCCGCCAUCCCUUAAUACAUGCACAUCAAGCGCUACUUGACUACUCAUGCAAGUGCAGCAUGUAUACCUUUAAACAUGCAGUCGUGCUGCUAUUUCCCACAGUCGUCCUGUCGCCGCAUUAGAGAGCCGAUCCUUUACUGAUCAGGUGGACUGAGGGUAAAUUGGGUAUCACCAUGUGACUAUGGAGGUCUUUACAAGCCCUCAAUUAAUCUUUGUAGGUACUCGAUGUGCUCAGAACCCUGCCUACUCCACCUGUAAAUAUCAAAUACAAACAAUAGAGAUUGCAUAUGGAUUGCAUUUCAUUUACAGGUUACCUGUUUUGACGUAGGAACCUUUCAAAUAACAUUUAAUUAGAGAUUGCUUGCUAGUUAAUCCUGAGCUAAGUUUAAGGAUUUUACACACAGAUGGACUCCUCCCAGCACACACUCUUUUGGGCUUAAAUUCCCUUCUUGAAAAGGAUUAUUGCAUUAGAAUAAGAUCUCUUCCACAAUCUGCAACUUUACUUUAUCCUGAAAAUUGCUGUGUGCUCUGGAUAUGUACUGUUUGGCAAUGAUUCCAAAUAUUUACCAGCCAGAAUGCAGAGUUUGUAUAACAAAUGACAUACACUGGAGAAGACCGCUGUGUACCACAGAAAGUUAAACCAGGAUUUAGGAUGGCCUCUUUUGUCUUUUUUUUUUUUUUUCUCUGUCAGUUUUCCAAAUGAGAAGUAUAUUUUAAUUUGCAAAAUAAGUAGAUGGUAAUAUUGUUACAAACAACAAGUCAGUAGUUGUAAUUAAUGCGAUAGAAAAUUUAGCUAAAUCAGAAAGCUAUCCAGUAAGAAUAGAGAAGAAAAGCAUCACUGACACGUUCCAGGAGGUUUAAAGUGACACUAUAGUCACCCAGACCACUUCAGCUCAAUGAAGUGGUCUAGGUGCCAGGGCCCCCAGGUUUUAACCCUUCAGAUGUAAACAUAGCAGUUUCAGAGAAACCCUACAUUGCAGGGUUAAUCCAGCCUCUAGUGGCUGUCUUCUUGACAGCCGCUAGAGGCGCUUCUGCAAUGCUGGAUGCGAAAAUUGCAUUCAGCGUGCAGAACGUCCAUAGGAAAGCAUUGAGAAAUGCUUUUCUAUGGACUGUUUGAAUGCGCGGUUAGCUCUUGCCGUGAAUGCGCAUUCCGCUCCACUCUGGAGCUGACGUCGUCGGGGGAGGAGAGGUCACCGGCGCUGGAUUAAGGUAAGUGGCUGAAGGGGGACCCUGAGGGUGGGGGGACCUAAGGGUUAUAUAGUGCAGGAAAACUAGUUUGUUUUCCUGACACUACAGUGAUCCUUUAAAGCCUAUUUUUGACAUGCCACAAUUUUGCGUCUCAACCUAGAGGUUAGGAACCGCGUGUACUGGCCUCAACGAUAAUUUUAAAUACUUGGAGAUUUGCAACCACUGCAGGUAGUGGCUGACAGCCAGUGUGGUCAUCCGCAAACGGGGUAGCCCAUGUGCAGAGCUCUUCUGAGGCACUCUGCCAUGUGCUCAGUGCCCUGAGGUUAUUUUAUGCAGCCUGGAUAGUGGGACAGAACUUUGUAUUCUGUCUGAUUCCUUAGGGCUGUAGGGAGGUGUUCAACCAUGUUCUGCUUGCUAAAAUUUUGUAAACUGUUAGUUUUCUGGUACCUUACACAUGUAGCUGUUUCUUGAUCAAAAUGUUUGCUUAAAGUGAAUGUAAUUGUUAUAAAGAGUAUUUCAAUAUCCACUGCAUAAAUGUUUUGUUAAUUCUAUAUAAUUCAUGAACUUUGCAUGAAUCUUUGUUCUCUGUUUAGGAAGCCUUGCAGAGGAUCAUUGCAACACUUGCGAACAAAAAUGAUGAAAUUCAGAAUUUUAUCGACACACUAAACCACAGACUUAAAGGUGUUCAGGUAUGCGUGAUUGUGUCUCAUCAAUAGUGUGUUUAAUACUCUGAUUUUAUUCAAAUCCUAAUAUUUAUUUUUGCUUACUGUCAAGUGUACCUGAGUUUUUUUUGAAUAGCCAUAAUAGUUCAUGAAAGUAAAUGCAAAAUAAUGUAGACUUUAUUAGAUGUAUUAUAUUUUUAAAGCAUUUCUUCAAUACUUGUUGUUCCAAGAGAUUGCAGCCCCUAGUAAAGACACUAUUGGAUUUCUAAUCGGUUCAACUAUUUUUGUUUUAACACACUAAGUGAGUUUGCACUUUGUAGGAGAAUGCUUACAUUAUUAAAAUGAGUUAACUUCACAUGAAAUCAGAAUUUGGUGUAGUUAAAAAUGUAAAAAUUUCAUGUUAUUUUAUUCCUUAUUGUUUUCUGCUUGGAUUAGGUAGUACAAAAUAAUACUUUUUACAUUCAAAUUUUCAGUUCCUAUUUUUAAAUGUUUUUUUUUUUAUUAUUGAAAUACAUAUAGAACUGAUGGUUAAUGUAAAAACAUUAUGUGGUCUAUUUACUAAUGUCCGAAUGGCCACAUAUCAAAUGGAACAAAACCAUUCGGUGCAAUUUGGCCCAGAUUUUAGUCGGACUGAAAGCUGUUGGAUGGCUGACAUUUGAAUGCCUGCAUCAGGGCCCAGAUUUUAAAAAUCCAAACUAUUUACCUAGUGGCAGCAUUAGCUAUGGGCCUUCGAUUCAUACUUUCCAUGAUCGGGUCCAGCAGGCGGUGUAUUGAAAUUUACACCAAACCUCCUAAACACAUUCUAGCCCAAAGCAACUAAUACCCAUGACUGCUGCAAUUUAGGUACAGCUACUGAAACAAAUGAGCCCAUAGGAGUCAAAAUGCACAAUGUGAGAUACUCCAGAAUGUUCACUUUUGCAAAUAGAAUGCCUGCAUGUUAUGAUGUAAAUAAAGUACUGAGAAGCUCCAUAAUGCAUCAUAAGCCCAGCAUAAUUAUACUCCAGGUAUUUUUAUCCAUACUCCAGUAUUACUCCAGGAGAUGGAACUGAGCUUGUAUGGUUGUAGGAUGUGUCUUGAGUAAUUGCUAGCAAGAUAUGACAUGGAAGUUUAGUGUAACUUUUAAACAUACACGUAGGCUUUUGUUGGCUGUUCUUUUGCAGGCAAACUCUGCCAAAGUGCUUUCAGAACUGGAUGAAGAAUUUGAUAGCCUGUAUUCUUUGUUGGACGAGAUGAAAGAAAGCAUGACUAACAGUAUAAAGCAAGAACAGGCUCAUAAAAUGCAAGCGUUGCAGGUAAGAAACAAGUCUGCAUACACAUUAUGAAGUCCAGCGGGCUCCUCACUAUAGGAGCAGUAAUUCAAAUAUAUACUGUAAUGUCAAAAACAUUUAAAGUAGUUUGUGUGCCCAAAAUUUUGUUCCAUUUUCUUGCUUGAUCAUUUAAUGGUGAUUAAUGGUAGAGUUGAUUACAAAUUGUUCCACAUUUAUUGUUAUGUUUUAUAAUGGCAUGCACCCAAAUACCUGAAGUAAAGCUGUUAUGUUAUUUGAUUCCAUAGAUGCACUGAUAUGGUAUUGUAUAGUCUGUUAUGGUAGAAUGUCUCUUCCUUUUUAGAAUUUUUUGCAAUAAAUUGUCAGUCUGAGAUUGAUUUGUGCCAAGAGAUUUUGUGCUUUCAUUGCAUGUAUGUAUGUAUGUAUGUAAUAUAUCUUCGGUGUGUUGAUGGAAGCUCACAGAUGCAAUCCAUUGUAAAAAGGUCUGUUUUAUUUUUUUUGUGUGUUGUAGAAUCAGCUUACCCAGUGUACAAAUGCCCUGGAGAACUCUGAAGAAUUAUUAGAAUUUGCUUCACGGACCAUGGACAUAAAGGAGCCCGAGGAGUUUACUAAGGUACAAAAAAGGGACUUUGAAAAGAGGAUUGAGUGACAUUGCUUCUACUAACUUGCUUUAAAUGCAGCCAGUGUCUGAUGCACCAAACAGUUUGACAGAGGGAGAAAACAUUCUUGCAUUUCUAGUAUUUGUAAAGUGACUUCUUACUUAUUUGAUUGCCAUUCUUCCUGGGUUUACUUUACUAGUAGCCUGAGUUCUUCUAUUUGAAAGCACCCUCAUGUAUAUAUGUUAUGUUUUGAGUAACGAGUUGUGGAUUAUGCUUCAUAUGUUUUUAAUGAUUCUGCAAAUAAGCAGAUAAAAAGGUAAUAGUGCGUUCUUGCUGUGGGCCCUCUUGGGCCGUUGAGGAGAUCAAAAGUCUCCCUCGCCGGCCCUUAGUGACAGGGAGAGCUGGAGGACCUGGGAGGCAGGGCUCUCCUCCCGCGAGCAUGAUGUGAGGAGUGUUGCAGCGUGUUACCAUGGCAAUGCUCCAACAGAGCAUUCUGCACGUGGGAGGAGUGAAGACAGCCUGCAGCCAGAGGAGCUGCAGGCUAUAGACCACUCACCACCACUGGACCACCAGAGCACAGAAUCCUUCACACGCACCCCUGACACACACACACACACACACAGCACCCCUCACACACAUCGCACCCAUAACACAAACCCACCACUCCUGACACAAAGCACCUCUGAGAUGCAUACAAAGCACACCUCACACACACAUCACCCGUCACACAUUGCACCCCUCACACACACACACACCCAGCACUCCUGACACAAAGCACCUCUCAAACACACAGCACCUCUGACACACACCUGGCAGUGAAGACAGCCUGCAGCCAGAGGAGCUGCAGGCUAUAGACAACUCACCACCACUGGACCACGAGGGCACAGCACCCUUGACACACACACACAGCACCCUUGACACACACACACAGCACCCUUGACACACACACACAGCACCCUUGACACACACACACACACACACACAGAACCCUUGACACACACACACAGAACCCUUGACACACACACACAGAACCCUUGACACACACACACACACACACAGAACCCUUGACACACACACACACAGAACCCCUGACACACAUCGUACCCAUAACACAAACACACCACUCCUGACACCUCUAAGAUGCAUACUGUGACGGACCGCUGGCACUCCGACUGAGUACCUCCGCCAAUCGAUGCUCCUAGUGCUCGCUGAGGACUCCAACCGACACCAUCAGCACUGCAGACCCCACUUCCAGCGAUGCAACUGCGCCGGGGUCUCUGCUGUCUCCACCCACCCUGGACCCAAGGUCCAGCUUCCAGUGGGUGAACCUCUUUCCCCAGAGAGCAGGAACAGGAACAAGCUCUUAGCAGAACUUAGUGAUCAUACCCUGGGGAGUAUAGCGAUUAUAGCAAUCCCCAGAGUGUAUUUCUCCAAUCCCCCAAACAUGAGCCAAGGCUUAAUGCUGGAACAAGACGGAUUUACUGGCACACAGAACUCACAAUUUAUGCAACACAAAACUCCUCCUCUGGGCCAGGCUAGAUAAUUGAGUUUCUACAAUACACAAAGCUCAAUUAUCUGCUGGCCAGAAAUAAUACAGUUUUUACAGCAUUCAUAACUUCUAAAAUAUACAUCACAUUCACAUAAAAAUUAUAUAUUCACAAUCAAUCCAUUCAGGGAAACAACAUAUCAAAAAUGGCAUGAAUCAGACCAGGGGUUCAGAAGUUAGUAAAGUAUCUUUUGGGGCCUGGCUGGCAGCAUGGCUAUCUGGCCCAAACUGGUUUUACAGAGCCCUCUAGCCUGGAGACAAUGGGGAAAGUAAUCCAAUUAUCCAGGGAUAGAAGCAGACUCCAUUGAGCACAUGUUCCCAGUAAAACACACACACCGCACCCUUCACACAGCACCCUUCACACACACACACAGCACCCUUCACACACACACCACCCUUCACACACACACAGCACCCUUCACACAGCACCCUACACACACACACACACAGCACCCUUCACACACACAGCACCCUUCACACACACAGCGCCCUUCACACACACACACACACACACACACCGCACUGUUCGACACACACAGAGCACCCUUCACUGCACAUACACAGAGCACCCUUCACUGCACAUACACAGAGCACCCUUCACUGCACAUACACAGAGCACCCUUCACUGCACAUACACAGAGCACCCUUCACUGCACAUACACAGAGCACCCUUCACCACACACACACACACACACACACACACACACACACACACACACACACACACACAGCACCCUUCACCACACACACACACACAUAGAGCACCCUUCACCACAAACACACACACACACACACACAUAGAGCACCCUUCACCACACACACACACACACACACACACACACCCACACUCAUAGAGCACCCUUCACCACACACACACUGCACCCCUCACACACAGCACCCCUCACACACAGCACCCCUAUACAUAAACAGCAUGUGUGUAUUCAGUUGUCUGGGAGUAUUCAACAGCCGCUGUGUGUGUAUUCAGCAGUCUGUAUUUAUUCAGCUGUGUGUGUGUGUGUGUGUGUGUGUAUAUGUGUAUGUAUAUAUAUAGAUAUAUAUAUAUAUAUAUAUAUAUAUACACAUACACUGCACAGCCCUCUAGGGUAAGGAAGCCAUGCCAAGAGAAAGGCCUCUGGCCUCUGGCCUGUUUAUUUUCUGUUGGUAAGAAGUAACUGGAUACAACAGGCAGCAAACCUUCUUUCUCCUCAAAACACUUCCCUCACCCCACCCUGCUUUAACUGCAGUUAUAAAGCUGCUCACAGCCUCUACAGGUGAGCCAGAACUCUUUAGAAAACCUGGGCUGGACUCAUGCACAGCCACACUGACAGUGGCUGGAGAAUUGGCCCACCCUGCUCUUCCGAAUACUCCAACCCAGGGACCAAAAUAACAACAGAGAAAAAAACCCUACAUUUAACCUUAACUUUUCCUGUGGCUGCGCAAAGGUCUGAGUGCCAGAUAUACACCCUUGACCACCACCCCUAACACUCUGUCAAUAUAUAUAUAUAUGUGUGUGUGUGUAUCUAUGUGUGUGUGUGUAUAUAUAUAUAUAUAUAUAUAUUUAUAUAUAUAUAUAUAUAUAUAUAUAUAUAUAAUGUAUGUAUAUGUGUGUGUGUUUGUGUGUUCGUUCAGCAGUCUGUCUGUCUGUGAAUUUACCAAUCUCUCUGUGUAUUCAUUCAGUGUGUGUACUCGGCAGGCUGUGUGUAUGUACUGUAUGUAUUGCAUUUGUUGGUACCAAUAAAUAUAAGCUUAAUUUUAUCGAUAAUUUAAUUUUUAUUCCUGUGAGUUGUUGUGCACUCUUUUUGCUGGAGGCCCAUAACGCUGUUGAGAUGGCACUGUUUGUGUCAGUAAGCUUGUAUUUAGUGAGCUUGUGUGUCGGUAAGCUUCUAUUUAGUCAGCUUGUGUGUGUCUAUACAAAUCAGUUUCUUUGUAGUAAGCUUGUGUUUGAGAGUUUUGUCUGUCAGUGAGCCUAUGUGUGUAUCAGUGAGUUUGAUUUGUGUCAGUGAACAUGUCUGUCUUUGAGCCUGUUUAUCAAUGGGCUUGUGUGCUGUAUACCUAAUCACACAAAAAUAAAUUCAGCGCGGAAGCAAAAUGACAAAAGUCCAAAAGCAGCUUGAACACCAAUACGGAGUAUCUCUUUUCCGAUCAGAAAACUGGAUAAAAACAGGGGGGUAGGUGCAGUGCUUCAGUAAUUCUUGACAAGGUAUAUGUAGAGAGAACCAGAAAAUAAAUAAUAGUGUAGUAUUUAAAACUGUAGUGGUGAUAAGUAAGAUAAAAGAUGUGCACUCACACUUUCCUGGAGCUUCAAUACAGCUCCAGUGUAUGCGCCUGGGUGGAAUAAUCCCCGCCUCUGGAUCAAGUACAGAGGUAGUUCUUCGAAUUAUAGGUGUGGUAGGGGGUAUCCUAAUAAAAAAUAAACAAAUAAAAAAUUGUAUAUGGUGAAGUAUGUAGAGCUAUGAAGCAAGGGUAAAAAAAAAAUGUACACUCACAUUCAAUGGAGCCGUAAAACCUGGCUCCUCUGAUAGCGCAUGAAGUGGUGUGAUCCCCACUCAAGGAUACAGGUGUAAAUAUAUAUUCUUCUGUCCGUGUGUAUGUCGAGAAAAACAAACAGAACCACAAUAGUGUACACCGUAAACAGGAGUGUAAGCAGAAAUAAACAAGUUAAACCUACUCACAUGCUAAAGAGCAAGUUCUGGUUUGCUCAAUCCAAACCGCUUGGGUGGUAUGAUCCCCACCAGCUCCAAACAAUCAAACAGCAGCAAUUAGGUCCAAUUAAAGUACUAUUAAAGUAAUAUUAAAAAAUAAAAGUAAUACAACAUAUAAUAAAAUAGUGAUAAAAAAAGUUAUAAACAAUACACUUAAUGUGUUUCUCCUUGAAUAGGCUUUAUCAAAAGUAAAACACUUUUUUGAUAAAGCCUAUGAAAGGAGAAACGCGUUAAGUUCUCAUUGCUGCAGAGGUUGAAGGGGUGGGUGAUCAGCCUGUCAGUGCUCAGACCAUACGCCAUACAGUGUAUCAAAUUGGUCUGCAUGGGUGUCGUCCCAGAAGGAAGCCUCUUCUAAAGAUGAUGCACAAGAAAGCCUGCAAACGGUUUGCUGAAGACAAGCAUGACCAUGUCCUGUGGUCCGAUGAGAUCAAGAUAAACUUAUUUGGCUCAGAUAGUGUCAAGCAUGUGUGGCGGCAACAAGGUGAAGAGUACAAAGACAAGUGUGUCUUGCCUACAGUAAAGCAUGAUGGUGGGUGUGUCAUGGUCUGGGCCUGCAUGAGUGCUGCUGGCACUGGGGAGCUACAGUUCAUUGAGGAACCAUGAAUGUCAACAUGUACUGUGACAUACUGAAGCAGAGCAUGAUCCCCUCCCUUCGGAGACUGGGCCGCAGGGCAGUAUUCCAACAUGAUGAUAACCCCAAACACACCUACAAGACGACCACUGCCUUGCUUAAGAAGCUGAAGGUAAAGGUAAUGGACUGGCCAAGCAUGUCUCCAGACCUAAACCCUAUUGAGCAUCUGUGGGGCAUCCUCAAACAGAAGGUGGGGGAGCGCAAGGUCUCUAUCACCCACCAGCUCCGUGAUGUCGUCCUGGAGGAGUGGACUCCAGUGGCAACCAGUGAAGCUCUGGUGAACUCCAUGCCCAUGAGGGAUAAUGCAGUGCUGGAAAAUAAUGGUGGCCACACAAAAUAUUGACACUUUAGGCCCAAUUUGGACAUUUCCACUUAGGGGUGUACUUACUUUUGUUUAGACAUUAAAGUGACACCAUAGUCACCAAAUCUAUGUUAGUUUAAUGAAGCAGGUUUAGUGUAUAGGGCAUGCCCCUGCAGUCUCACUGCUCCAUUCUGUUACUUAGGACGUAAAUCAAUUUGUUUAUGCAGACCUAGUCACACUUCCCUGCAUGUGACUUGCAUAGUCUUCCUAAACACUUCCUGUGCAGUGAGAUCUAAUGUAUAAACUUCCUUUAUUGCACUGUCUGCUUAAUUUAGAAUUUCUUGUCUUCUGCACUUUUAAAAGCUUGCUAGACCUUGCAGGAGCUUCCAGUGCGCCAUUAAAGUUCAAUUUACAGAGCAGAAGAUUAAAAUAUUUAAAGCAAGUUGACAUCUGAUUGAAAAUGAAACCAUUUUCUUUAAUUGAGACUGUUAGUCAUAGCCAGGAGAUAGCCAGAAAUAAAAGUGAUUUAACUCCUAUAUACCAAAACUGGGAGGUGUGACUAGGUCUGCAUAAACAAAUUGAUCUGUACUUGGACCCAUUCUCUUUAAUAUAUUAGUGAAAUUGCAGAAGGUCAUGAUGGUAAGGUAUGUCUUUUUGCUGAUGAUACUAAGAUAUGUAACAGGGUUGAUGUUCCAGGAGGGAUAAGCCAAAUGGCAAAUGAUUUAGGUAAACUAGAAAAUGGUCAGAGUUGUGGCAACUGACAUUUAAUGUGGAUAAGUGCAAGAUAAUGCAUCUUGGAUGUAAAAACCCAAGGGCAGAAUACAGAAUAUUUGAUAGAGGCCUAACCUCAACAUCAGAGGAAAGGGAUUUAGGGGUAAUUAUUUCAGGUGACUUAAAGGUAGGCAGACAAUGUAAUAGAACAGCAGGAAAUGCUAGCAGAAUGCUUGGUUGUAUUGGGGGAGGUAUUAGCAGUAGAAAGAGGGAAGUGCUCAUGCCAGGGGCAAAGGUUUAAAAAUAUCAAGAAGUAUUACUUUACUGAGAGGGUAGUGGAUGCAUGGAAUAGCAUUCCAGCUUAAGUGGUAGAGGGUAACACAGUGAAGGAGUUUAAGCAGGCGUAGGAUAGGCAUAAGGCCAGGGACUAAUGAAAGUAUUUAGAAAAUUGGGCAGACUAGGUGGGCCAAAUGGUUCUUAUUGCCAUCACAUUCUAUGUUUCUAAAACUACUUCAUUAAAGGACCACUAUAGUGCCAGGAAAACAUACUCUUUUCCUGGCACUAUAGUGCCUUGAGGGUGCUCCCACCCUCAGGGCCCCUCUCCCGCCGGGCUCUAGGGGGUGGAAGGGGUUAAAUUUACCUCUUUCUCCAGCGCCGGGCGGGGAACUCUCCUCCUCCAUAUCUCCGUCAUCGGCUGAAUGCCAAUGUGCGGCAGGAGCCGCGCGCGCAUUCAGCCAGUCCAUAGGAAAGCAUUCUCAAUGCUUUCCUAUGGACGCUGGCGUCUUCUCACUGUGAAAAUCACAGUGAGAAGCGCGGAAGCGCCUCUAGCGGCUGUCAAUGAGACAGCCACUAGAGGCUGGAUUAACCCUAUUAUAAACAUAGCAGUUUCUCUGAAACUGCUAUGUUUAUAGAAGAAAGUGUUAAUCCUAGCUGGACCUGGCACCCAGACCACUUUAUUAAGCUGAAGUGGUCUGGGUGCCUAUUGUGGUCCUUUAAGCUAAAGUUGUUUUGGUGAUUAUAGUGUCCCUUUAAUGGCUGUGUGUUGAGUUAUUUUGAGGGUACAGCACAUUUUCACUGUUAUACAGGCUGUACACUUACUUUACAUUGUAGAAGAGUGUAAUUUCUUCAGUGUUGUCACAUGAAAAGAUAUAAUAAAAUAUUUACAAAAAUAUGAGGGGUGUACUCACUUUUGUGAGAUACUGUAUAUUAAUUGGUGUUUGGUGCAUUUUGGGGUGUUUUAGUAGCUCACACAUUUAAAUCACUAUGUAAAUGCACACUGUUUGCAUAUGUGGACAACAUGGGGACUCUUGCUUGAUAUAUUUUGAGCUAAAUUGAGGUACACAUUUUUUCACCACUAUUUUUUAUUUUUCGAAUUUUGUGGUAUUCAUUUUUAACUAGCAUUGUUUAACUACAAGGUGUAUUUUUGCUGCUUUUUAAAAAUUUCUUUCAAUACAUUUCCCUCACAAAAUCUCCUGAGUAAAACAUUAUUCACUUAUGCCUUUGCUAAGUAUCAAUCCUGAUGCUAACCUUAGGAUUCCCUCUGCUGAAGGCAGAAGAGGAAUCUUAUUGCUGAUGUUUCAAGCCAACACAGAGUGUGUGCCCAUCACCUAUUGGCUGUUUUUAGCAUAACAGGGAGAUGUCCCUGUAAUACUGAAGUUCCUGGCUCUGAAGAUCACGCUGUGAUCAGUGCUGGGCAGCUGACAAAACCUAUACUAACCAUAGGCGUGCGCAGCCUAUUUCUUCAUUAUAAUCGUGACAAAAUCAACGUUUCGACCCCUAAGGGUCUUUUUCAAGAUCUUUAUAUAUAUAUAUUUAUAUUUAACGCGGGUUGCACCGAGGCACAAUAGUUUUUGGCUAUAUUCCAAUUUUGGAAGUAAGGAGAGUGCCAAGCAGAUAUCGCUUUUGUGUGUAUAUAUAUAUAUAUAUGUGUGUGUGUGUACAGUGGCGUACAUACAGGGAUUGUAUGUCACUCCAGUGGGCCCGGCCACCCAACAGACCCCUGCGACCAGAUGCCAUGUGUUGCGGCUUGGCCCGUCCCAUUUGGUGUAACCACCGGGGGGACCCACAGAUCAGUCUUCGCACCGGGCCCCAUGGAUCGUGUGUACGCCACUGCCAGGGGUGUUUCAUUUGAUGCCCAAAUUAUGUGAAUUAAUUGUAUCUGGGGCACAAUACAUUAGUAGGAAUUCAGGUACUCGUGUACCUACUUACCCUCCUAUGCAUCUUGCUUUACUCUCCCUUACAUGGAUGAAAGUAAUUUUCUUGUAUAGAAGAGAGUGUAAUUUAACUAAAUGGUAUUACUUGCAAUCCUUGCCUGGUUUACAAACCAGGAGACUAUCCUGCAUUUUCCAAGUCAACUUUCAAUGGGACCUCUGGUCACUAUUAAUGGGGUGCAUGUGUGUGGGAAGUAAGUGCUAAAUUGAGAAAUCUGGUCAGACUUCACAAAACGUAUAUGUACAUUUCUUUAAAAAGCACAUCAUUGAAAAGCAGUGUAUUUGUAUUUUUCCCUUUCUUGUAAUGCUUGUGAAUGACCUGCAAUUCUAACUGCUCUAUUAACCCCUGCACGUUUUACACCUCAUGAACUGGGUUACUCUCUAUGAUCAUGCAUGAAUGCCUUGUGGAAAGUGACAUGUGUCACGUUAAUGUCUUGCAUGGAGUUUACUGUCCUUCGGACUUGCAUGGAGACACUAACUCUGCUUUCUUUCUUCCUCCUGACUUGCACCAAGGCUGCCAGACAGAUCAAGGAUAGGUACAGUACCAAAAUCCACUUUUUACUAUUUUUGGGGGUGAUCUUAUUUUUUUGUUAAUAUUUGGGUUUCUGUUUAUUUACCUUACUGCAUUGAGCGUUAUAUAGACAUGAUAUGGUAUACUGAUUUCUGUGGGUGCUUAAUUCACAUGCUCAUGGCACACUUGAAAGACAAGAUAAAUCUUAAUGUAAUAUACUUUUUCUUUAUAAAUACAUAAUGUGGAAUGUAUCCUCAAUGUAUAAUUUACUGCAAAAGUAACUCAAGUAUAUAUUUAGUUAUCGUUUGUUAAGCUGCACAGUGAGUGUAGAAAUGGUGUUCUCAAAAAUCAUGUUGAGAAUUUGGUACUUCUGCCCUUGGAUGAGCCAUAGAAACAAGUCUAUUCAUUUCAACUAAUGUAAUUUGUGGAGUAUCACAAAAAUGGAAACAUUUUAAUGGAUUUGCUAGCCAACGAAAUAUUCAGUGAGUGACCUAUGAUUUGUUAUUCUAGUGUACCUGCAUGAUACAUACCUUCCAGCAUUUCAAAUGGACAAAGUUGGCACAUUAACUUUAGGGGUGUGUGGGUGUUCCCAGGGGUGGACUGUUCUGAGAACGUUUAGUUGACUUACAGUAUUAUUGCUCUGAUUUAAAUUGAGACACAAAGAAUACUGAGUUCCUACAAAAAAGAGAUUUGGAUAAAAAAAGAGGCCCAAUUUAGGACUGUUUCUCCUAAAUGGACCCUGAAGACACAAGCCAUUUUGUGUAAUCAUUGUAUUCCCUUUUUGAAAUAUAAAAGUAAUUUAGUUUCAUGGUCACUGAAAAUAUUUUAAGAUCCAUGUGUGGUUUACCCACUUGACUGUUCAUUUUUACUGCAGGGUAACAAUGGCUGCCGCCUUUCGCCUUUCACUUAAACCGAAGACCAGUGACAACAUGACACACUUAAUGGUGGACUUCUCCCAGGAGAGGCAGAUGAUCCAAACUUUAAAGUUUUUACCAGGUAAAGUGUUUUCAGGAAAUUUAUUGUGCAAAUUAGUAUGAUUUAUAAUGGUCAGCUGGUUUAUUAAAAUUUUUGCUUUGAGUCAUUUUUAUUACCUUUUCUCUUGUAAGUUGAAGAUCUACCCGAUGUACAAACUAGUGCCAAAUCCAUUAUCCCUUAUGUUAAAAAGUAAAUUAUAUAUGAAAAAAAUAUAUGUAUAUGGUUACAAUCAGCAGUCAGGCCUGGAUUUACUUGUCCGGUGCCUAUAGGCACAGAAUUCUAAGACACCCUCCUAGAAGUGGAUAAGUAUGAGCAUAGAUAUAGCAUAUGAGAAAAUAAUUCAGAUAGAAAGAUGGAUAUAGCAACAAUAUUUUUUCUAUAAACUUAUUUAACUUACUCAAUAUAGGUUAUGCAAUCCAAUAUGGCUGCCAAAUUGCAUAUGGCAGAGCACAAUUUAGAAGUUUGGGACUAAUCAGGUUUUUAGAGGGUUUUUGUUUUUCUUUGACACAAGGAAUUGAGAUUAUUACAAAAUGUUUGAAUGCAUUUUUAUUUAUUUUUUUAAAUAUCCACAAAAUCAAACUGUCUGUCAAACUAUGGCAGACUGACCAGAAGAGGGGACUAAACAAAAGAAUAUGGAUAAAGUGCAUGUGUAGCGAUUGUAAAGAAGUGCUUACUUAUCUUCCUGAACUUUGAUCCCCUUGUUACCUGUAGCACUUUUGGUUUAUAUUUAAAUGGUAAAGUCCAAGCACCAUAACCACUACAGCGUGCUGAUGUGUUUUUGGUGUCAGUAGUGCCUGACAUUGUAAACAGACAGCUCUCUGUCUGAGCCAAGUCUGAUGGUAUGAUGGUGAAGGUGCUUUAACAAGCUGUAAUACUAUAGUAAAUAGUCAAAAGCAAAAUAAAAGCAAAUUUAUAAAAUUCUAGCACACUAGGUAAUUGGCGCAUGGAAGCCAUAUUGAAAUUGACUUGCUGUAAAUAACUGUAAUAGAGGACCUAGAUGUGGACAUGUUUGCCAAAUUUAAUAUCACAAGUGCAGAUAUCGUAUUUAUAAUACAUUACCACAUAGUGCAGUAGUGAAGUAAAUGAAGAUUUUCUUCAGUUUUUGAACAGCUUGGUGGUACCUAAGCUAAGGUAACUAAUCUGUGGUCAUCUUUUGAUAGCGAUAUGACUUGAGAUAUAAGUUUUUUGAAUAUUUUGUAAAACAUGGCUGUUAAGACCAUGUGACCAAGGUGGCGGAGAACAAAAAUAUGGAUAAAGUAAAUGCGCCAAUAUAAUAUAUUAUCAUAUCGUUAACAUUUUGCAGCAGAGUGAAAUAGUAAAAAUAAAUGCUAAUUUAUGCAAUUUUAGUAUACUGUAGUAGACAUGGCGAAAUGAGUGCCUUGGUGUCUCCCCCAUUGUAACUAGUUAAACCCUACAGUGAACUGUAGUAGUUAUGGUGCUUGGAGUGCCCCUUUAUAGUGGCAAUCUAAGCGCCAGUACAAUGUUAAUGCAUUCAUAUGUUCUAUUUUUUACAUGGUCAAAUCUUUUUAAUUUUUGCACAAAAAAUUUAUGUUUUGCAAAAUGCUCCCCUGUUGGCUUGCCUCUUUGCCACCGCUCCUGACUCCUUUUCAAAUGUAUGUAAACAGCUUAAUUGCUAACAGUAUUGGGUGAUCUGAACUACAAAACAACCAGUCGUAGAAUGAGAGGACAGCCAGGGUGACAAAUACUAAGAAUAUCACUAACUGUUUAUAGUUUUUCUGAGAGUCUGCAGCCAGACUGUGAAUUAAAAGCAGCUCACUCUGUGCUCUCAGGAACUCAGUGCAUACAUUUGAUAAUAAAGUAUUUCUGGCAUGAGAUGCAUGGCUAAGGAAGCAGAGUUAUUGUGCAGCAUUCUGCAAAACAUGUAUUUUUUUCUGCAAAGGACUACAAGAAGCACUGCAUAUUUAGGUCAAAAUCUAUUAAAGUGGUAUUGGUGCCCAAAGUAUACCUUUUAAAUCUAAAUUUAAUAUAAAACAGAGUACCUUAUGGAAAAAGGUUAACAUAAUGUAUUAAAAUGAUUCAAAGGUGUAAAUUUCAGAGAAGUGACAGUCAUAAGUAUUUCAUAAAGAUUUUACCCAUUUUGCAGGAAGGGUGACAGUGCCACUUUAAUGAACAUUUAUUAAAAAAUUUUCCUUUGGUUUUAUAAAGUAAUAGUUUUAACCCAAACGAAGUUUCCAUUUUUUAAAAUUAUUUUUUUCAUUUAGUUUUACUCGAAUGCCUCUUAAAUACUAUAAUUUCAUAGUAUUCCAACCUGGCCUGCAAGACUUCUAGAUUAGUCCCUAUUUUAACUCCUAAAAUAAUUUAAAUCAAUGCAGUUUUGUACUUGUUUUUGCUCUCUACACCAGUACAAUGGAUUUAAAAUGAAUAAAUCACUUAAGAGGAUAAAGUAACCAUUUAAAGAGGAAUGACAUUAUAACCACCCCAUUCCAUUAUGGAAUUCUCAGAUUAUUUAACAUCAGCAUCUCUAUAUAGACCUGCUGUCACUAAAUCCAUGAGAUUUUCUGUUCUGUUCUGUUUUGGAAUAAGAUAUCUCAAAGAUCUGAUUAUCAUGGCAAUGUUAUUAAAUAUUUGAAUAUAAAUAAUCUUAAUCAUGUAGAAAUCACAACUAUUUUUAAAUAUGACCGUGUUGGCUCCAGCUUGUCUGCAACUUUAUGUGCCGAUUUAAUGACACAUGUAGGCUUUUUUCAAUGACAACUCUGAGAGCGGACAAAAGCUUAGAGAAACUCAGUAGCUUGCCCUUCGGUAAAUCCCCGCUCAAGUCUCAAAAUAAUUUUUGUUCACUUGUGCCUUUACAGAGAGAACAGGUUUUGUCAUACUAUUGUUUUCUCACAGACCAUAAAUCUUAUAGAUGAAACAUGAAAGGCCAGAAUACAAAAAAGGAUCAGUAAAGUUGAAAUACUAUUAUUAGAGAGAUUGCAUACUUUAAAAGUAACUUGUACCUUAUGCAAACAUCCUUGAUGUAACUGAUUUUUCAUCAUGGAAAUAGAUCAGUUUUAGCUAUAAAAUGUGCUUUAUUGGAAGACUAUAGCGUUAGGAAUACAAAUGUGUAUUUCUAACACUAUAGUGCUCUGGUAGUCAUCUAGGCCCCAAGCCCCCACUUGUAGGGCGCAAAAAGGGUAUUUUACUUUCCUUUUUCCCCCUUGUAGCACUGAUCUCUCCUCUGCAGUCCCUCUUCCCUUUUCUGAGAUCCUUGAGAUCGAUGAUCUCAGCCAAUCAAUGCUCACAGGAAAGCAAUGGGAGGGUAGUACAUGUGCAUGGCAAAACGUCACACUGAGUAAAUCAGAUUGUAAUUACAGUAAUUAUCUUUGACUAUUGUACAUGGCAGCAUUUGGUUUCCCACUCUUUAUGAAGGUUGUAUUUAUUUCGUGAGCCUUGGACCAAAGACUAUGGGUCACAUAACAAGAAGACAUUCUUAUAUGGCUUUCUUUUUUCCUGUCCUAUGUGCUGUGAGGGGACAGAGCUAACCUAUUUGCAUAUAUAGCUAUGGAUAAUAUCCAGAAAAAGAAAAUGACUGUAAGUAUGUAUACAUUUUACUUGGUAAAUAAGCAGUUUAUAUUCAUGAAGUUCUAACCAUUAAUUUCUUUAUGUAUGAAGUAAACCUCAUCAUUGGAAAAAUUAUGCUGAAAUCAUACUUCUUUGUGUUUUGAUGCAGUUGGACAAGUAAUGGAUCACUUUAGUCAGUGUAAAUUAUAUAUGUACAUUUUGAAAGCUGUAGAAAAUUUCUCAUUGUCAUUAUUAUUAUAAAAUGAUAACAACCACUUACAUUUCUUCCCCUUUCUGUCUAGUCCCCAAAGCCCCAGAGAUUGAUCUAACAGACUGCAUUGUGGCUGAUAAUUGUGUGUCAGUUGCAUGGCGGAUGCCUGACGAGGAUAACAAGAUUGAUCACUAUGUGAUGGAAUACAGGAAAACACACUACGAUGGCCUUCCUAGAGUUAAAGAUGAGAGGUGCUGGGAACAGAUCGAUCAUAUAAAAGCCACUGAGUACACUCUAUCUGGUAAGUGUUCUAGAGCUGUUGCAUCUAGCCUAGAAUCUUUAAAAAAACUAAAAAAAAUUUUAUCCCAAUAUGAAAAUGUGAGAUUCAAAGGAACACUCCAAGCACCAUAUCCGCUACAGAUCACGCUAUUGUGCCAGAAGUGCACUGGUGCACCCUGUUUUAUAACAGCAGGAAUUUUUUACCUCUCCUGUGGUAAGCCCUGCAGUAAAGUGCUUAGUUCAUUGGGUAAGAGAUAUCGGCCUUUAAACCCCUGAAGGGAAGACGCACCCAGACACUCCUGCAAAGUAAUGUCCUUUCUACUGGCGUUCAUCAGAAUAUAACUCCUUAGUGAGUGCACUACAUGGCAGCAGAUACCGUUUUCUCCCCUUUCUUUUUAUUUUUAUUUUCUGGCGUCAUUUGUUCUAUGGUGAAAGUAAAAUAGUAGAAAUCACUGUAAACACAGUGGUGAGUAAAAUUAUGGUAAUUGUUUUGUCCUUUCUAUUGUAUAUUUGGCUUCAUUUAAUUAAAUUAAAUUAAUACUUUAAGUGACAUAUUUCUUUUUUUGAGUCUUUCACAUUUUAUUUAAAUAUAUAUAUCUGUUUUUUUAUAUUUAUGCGUAGGUUUAAAGUUUGAUUCCAAGUACAUGAACUUCAGAGUAAGAGCCUGCAAUAAAGCUGUAGCUGGGGAAUAUUCAGACCCCGUUACGUUGGAGACCAAAGGUAUUGUGAAAUCCAGAACAAAUUUACAUAUGCUCCAGUGAUAUUUCACACCUGGAAAGUAAAUUUUUUGACACAUCACUUCAUAGUAACAUAUAGCUACAUAGUUCAGUUUAAAUUUAUAUUAGAAACAAAUCAUAUAUCUUUCCUAACUACUUCAGUGGAGUAGUGAAUUGAUCUGUGCAGCGGCAGAACUACCUGUGGUAAUCAUAAUAUGUAAAUUAUGACCUUUGUGUGUGUGUGUGGCAUUGUAUGUGUAUACAGUAUCUCACAAAAGUGAGUACACCUCUCAGAUUUUUGUAAAUAUUUUAUUAUAUAUUUUCAUGUGACAACACUGAAGAAAUUACACUCUGCUACAAUGUAAAGUGGUAAGUGUACAGCCUGUAUAACAGUGUAAAUUUGGUGUCCCCUCAAAAUAACUCAACACACAGCCAUUAAUGUCUAAACCGUUGGCAUCAAAAGUGAGUUCACCCCUUAGUGGAAAUGUCUAAAUUGGGCCCAAAAUUUCAAUAUUUUGUGUGGCCACCAUUAUUUUCCAGCACUGCCUUAACCCUCAUAGAAAUGGAGUUCACCAGAGCUUCACAGGUUGCCACUGGAGUCCUCUUCCACUCCUCCAGGAUGACAUCACAGAGCUAGUGGAUGUUAGAGACCCCCACCUUCCAUUUGAAGAUGCCCCACAGAUGCGCAAUAGGGUUUAGGUCUGGAGACAUGCUUGGCCAGUCCAUCACCUUUACCUUCAGCUUCUUUAGCUUCUUUAGCAAGGCAGUGGUCGUCUUGGAGGUGUGUUUGGGGUCGUUAUCAUGUUGGAAUACACUGCGCUGCGGCCCAGUAUCCAAAAGGAUCAUGCUCUGCUUCAGUAUGUCACAGUACAUGUUGGCAUUCAUGGUUCCCUCAUUGAACUGUAGAUCCUCAGUGCCGGCAACAUUCAUGCAGGCCCAGACCAUGACACACCUAACACAUUGCUUGACUGUAGGUAAGACACACUUGUCUUUGUACUCCUCGCCUGGUUGCCGCCACCCAUGCUUGACACCAUUUGAAACAAAUACGUUUAUCUUGGUCUCAUCGUACCACCGGACAUGGUUCCAAUAAUCAGUGUCCUUUGUCUGCUUGUCUUCAGCAAACAGUUUGCGGGUUUCUUGUGCAUCAUCUUUAGAAGAGGCUUCCUUCUGGGCCGAUAGCCAUGCAGACCAAUUUGAUGCAUUGUGCGGCGUAUGGUCUGAGCACUGACAGUCUGAACUCCCACCCCUUCAACUUCUGCAGCAGUGCUGGCAGCACUCACACGUCUAUUUCCCAAAGACAACCUCUGUAUAGGACGCUGAGCACAUGCACUCAACUUCUUUGGUCAACCAUGAUGAGGCCUUUUUUUCUUUUCUUUUUUUUAUCAGAUUCUUUGACAUGAGGUGCCAUGUUGAACUUCCAGUGACCAUUAUGAGAGUGUAAGAACGAUAACAUUAAAUUUGACACAUCUGCUCCCCAUUCACGCCUGAGACCUUGUAACACUAACGAGUCACAUGACACUGGGGAGGGAAAAUGGCUAACUGGCCCAAUUUGGACAUUUUCACUUAGGCAUGUACUCACUUUUGAUGCCAACGGUUAAGACAUUAAUGGCUGAGUGUUUAGUUUGAGGGGACAGCACAUUUACACUGUUAUACAGGCUGUACACUUACUACUUUACAUUGUAGUAGAGUGUCAUUCCUUCAGUGUUGUCACAUGAAAAGAUAUAAUAAAAUAUUUACAAAAAUGUGAGGGGUGUACUCACUUUUGUGAGAUACUCUAUGUGCAUACAUCCCAGCAUUUAAUUGGCAACACUAUGUACAAAUACACCGCUGCACUGAAAGACCAACACUACAUACAAGCACACCCCUGCAAAUAAAUGCCAGCAGCACAAACAAACCCCAGUGUUAAAAUGAUAAUGUUAAAAACAAAUCCACCCCUACUUUCACACACACAUGCCAUAGAAAACCAUGCUUAAAUUCAAACACUGCCCACAAAUACAACCCUUCAAGGAUGAACAAAUGGUAGAUACCCACCUUGGAAAGCAUCAAGGGAGUUGUAUGACAGAUGGGUUUCUACAUCUUGGCCACCCUUGCCAUAGUGGGAGAGUGGAAUGUAAAAUAAAAUUCUUGAAUCAGGGUCCACUCUACAUACCUUCUACCUCUGGAUCUGUGAUUAAGAGAGGUAAAGACUGUUAGGCCACUUUGUGGUUUUAAUAGUUUUCAGUAGGAUAGAGGUUUUUCCCAAACCUUAAUACCAUACCACAAUUUCUAAGUCUCUUGCCACAAAAGUCACAAGUGAUGUUAAAUAUCCUUGCAAAGCCACAUAUCAUAAUUAUAAUGGGUUGUCUUAAUCGAAUGCAUGCUAUUUUGUAUCUCUGGUUUCCUAAAAGACGUAUCAGAAUGUGUUGUCCUCAUGGAGUCUAAUCAUGGCAUGGUCCUCUGUUUGUGGGCUGUGUAAGCAGUUUUAUUCCAGAACGUUCAUAAUUCUCCUCGACAAUUGAGCUAUAUUUUAAAAUGUGGCAAAAUCACAGACUGCUCCAUUAUCUCUAUGGUUAUGAGAAAUGUAUCUAGUUUAGAAAAUUAUUAAUUAGUAGGUAAGUCAUUAAUUUUCUCCCCAAUAGUCUGCAUGCAAAAGUGAAUUAAUAUUGCAGAUCAUAUUAAUCAACAAAUGCUAGACUAAACCAGGGGUGCGUAAAUGGUUCUCCGGCUUGUAGUUUAUAUUUUCCUCAAUAAAAUUCUAGGUAUUCCCAUUUAGUGACAGCUCAACGUUUGGGAAUUCUAGACUUGUUUGUGCACACUGCAAAGUUAUUAGUGAAGCCAAAAUUUACAGGAAAUCUAAAAGUAUGGACAACACAUUCAGGCAUUUAUAUUCUAUGAAAUGUGCAAAAGUGCCAUCCUAAUCUUUAGAGAAUCAGAAUGUGACUUGGUAUUGCUUCAAACCAGUUCAUCCGUAGUGGAAGCCAAUUUACCCUGAGGAACUGUAGUUAGGAUGUGAUACAGAGUGAAGUGCAAUGGUGAGGAAAUGUCAAAUUGUUCCCAAGCAUCCAUGCCGCCAUGUCACUUUGUUUCAGUGAAAUCAAGGGUGACGCAGAUUUAAAAAAACAAAACAAAAGUACCGUUUAAAGUACUGUUGUCCUUGUCUUCACACUGAAGUGUUUUUAAAUGUUUUAUUUUGUUUUACAUGGGCAUUGGCUAUUGACUUCAUGGUAGUGUAAUGUAUGUAGCUUAUUUUAGGGUCAUUCAUUCUUUCCUUUUUUUUUAACAUUUUUUUUUUCUUUUUCAGCUUUGACGUUUGCCUUUGACAGCAUGUCAUCACAUCUAAACUUGAAAGUAGAAGAUUCCUAUAUAGAGUGGGACCCAACAGGAGGAAAAAGCCAAGAGAAUAAAGUUAAAGGGAAAGAGAACAAAGGCAGGUAAGAGCCAUUAGAUUUAUUUAGAUUAACUUAGAAAAACAUGAUUUUUAAAUGAAACUCUCUUAUCAUUUAUAUAGCACAUUAUUAACACAGUCUAUACCUUUUAGUUGCUAUACUACAUCAGAAAAACCACAACUGAAUAGACACCAGGCACUCUAACAUGCUUUAUGUGUAAUUUGUCAUGCAGCAAGAACAUGUUCUGCUUAAUUACACACAGGAUUGUGUAAGAUUAACAAAUCUUAAAAUGUUGUCAUCAAGUGUAUAUAGUUUUCAGUUUGAUUUUUGUUUUCCUUUUUCCAUGUAUGCAUAAUAAUAGUCACCACUGACUGGAAAUUAUCGAAAUUAUAUUAAAAAUGCCUAAAUAAAAACAAAAAUCAUAUAAUCGUCAUCUGUUGUCCAUGCUCAGACAAGCUGCAACAGCAGACAAUUCCUCCCAAACUAGGAAGAGGCUCCACCACUCAUUGUAUUCUCUGAGGUCUGAUCUUAUCCCAUAAAGCCAUGUCAAGCCACGUCAAGCCACGUCAAGCAGUGGUUUAUGAUCUAUGUAGUUCAGCCCCGGCAGUAAUCCAUUCUUGAAUUUGGCUGCAUAAACAGCCAAUAAGAUUAAUAAGGCAUCCAUACUGCAGUUGCUGUCUUUUUGUUUAUCCAGCCCUCUUCACAGUUUUGUGAAUGGAGUUGUGUAUAAUGUUCUUCCAAGCCAGUGAACAUUUGUACAUGCAAUUGUAGCUCCAGGUCUCUGAGAGCUGGAGAGAGGAGGUAGCAUAUACAUUGAAAAUUCAGUUAAUACUUUAUGCUCAACAGAGUCCCUUCUGUUAAGCUCAUUACACUUGAGUUCCCUCCCCUUACUGCCUAAACCUGUAACUAAGAUCGUGUUCUUCUUCGUUACUGUCACAUUUUACAGGUAUAUUUGGAAUUGUACGUGGAGUUGAACCUUGUGGACACUUAAAAUCUCAUAGAAAUACUGGGUGCAAGUUUUUCACAUGGGAACAAUGUCUCUCUAUGGGGUAUUUAUUCAUGGACUUUGCACAUCUGAGUGAAUCAGACUACUGGGAUAUAAAAUAGUAUCCUGGUGCUACUUGCAUUUUGAUUUUCAGAUGCACUUAUUAAGGUACUCAAAGUUUCAAGAUUUUUGGCCCCCGUAUGAGGAUGGUGGACCCCCCCAUAUGUUGCCCCUGUAUCACUUCACAACUGUACGUAUAAGCGCAAGGCAAAUCGCAUACUUUAGGAGUGGAAUUUACAUUUUCAUAGCAGCAAUACUACCUGUUAACCAGGGUUCAAAAGUCCUACUCUACUAGACAUGCCUUAAAGUGACUUGCAAAGUCCAUAGCACACUCACCAGGGCUGAAUUUUCACUUGCUACUGACUAGUAGGUGAGUGGAAAUUUACAAAUGAUUUAACUCUUGCAGUGCUGUACACAUGGCACAUGGUAUGAAUGCUGGACUAACUGUUGAGCAUGCAUGCACACUUACCACAUUUCUCCAUUGGCUACAAGAGGGCGCAUUUGCAUGCCUGAGCCAUAAUGGAAUUUUACAAUUGCUGUCAGAUGGAUAAGAAGUGGACAUUAGGUUUGUUUGUAUUUUGUUUUGUUUUUUGUUCUAGCUUAUUACCUUGGAAAAUGCUGUAAUAACAUUUACUGGGGUAUAAAAGAGCAAAUAAUUGUCACUUCUUGGGAAAUGACCGUUCCUCUUUAAGGAUCCUAUUACAGUUUGCAAUGUCCUAUUAUUUCAUUUAACAGCAGGGAUUAUAAAGCUACUGAUCCUAAGUAAGCAGAGAAUUCCAUGCUGGCAUAUGAGAUCUAGGGGCAAAAAGCAUUGUUAUUGACAAAAGCAGCUAAUGGUCCUAACAUUUAUUAACAAAUGGCUGUCAGUAGAAACUGGCACGCCAUCCAAAGUAGACUCGAUGUGCAACUGAUUUCUCAUUGACUGCAUUUAAAACCACUUAUCACUUUGCUUAUUUUUGUUGUCUGACAGUGGCCAUGUUACGUUACUGAGGAACAAUAUCAGGUGAAAUGACGUAGCUUGAUCUAGAAUUAGGACUUCUCUUCUGGCUUGCCUGGAAAUAUUAGCAUACACCUAUCCUUAACACUAGUCUAACCUAUGUAUGUACAUAUACUACGAGCCUGUGUUUAGAUCCCAGAAAGCAUCUGUCUGGUUUUUAACAUUGAUCUGCAUAACCUUAGUUUGAGCAGUGUUUUGAUCAGUAGUCCUAUUCCUACGGGCAAACUGUAUUAUAUAAAUUAUUGCAUUCACUAUAACCUUACAAUAGGACUGUGGCUUACUGACUAAAAUGAAAAGGCAUGGUAGUUCACCUUUCUUCCACAAGUUCUUAAAAGAUCACAAAAUGAUUUGUGAACUGCAUCUGCCCCCUAAAAAUUGGUAAAAUAAAAUGUGCUUAUAAAAAGCUAUCUAAAACUCCUUUCCAAGUUUUAAACUACAACAUCUAAAAUGUUUAUUUAAUUGCACUUAGUACACGUUAUCCAGUUUCAUAGAUUUAACACUGUGUGAUCCGUCUUUUUGCCAGUAUUUAGAACUUCAGAACCCUUUUUUUAAGCAGGGGCACUGCUAACAUUAUCCUAGAUUCCUAGUCCAUACGUUGUUUGAGAACUUCAAAUUAAAGUAACCUUUUUAUGUAGGUGAUGAUGAGAGCGUCAUGCUGUUAAUGGGUUUUAAGUCUGGUCACAGAGUUCAGAAUUUUUAAACCUGCACAGAGCUUAGUUGUAGCUUCUCUAUAAGCUUAUAAGCUGUAGAAAUUCCAUGUGCUUUAAUUUGCUACUUAGAUUAAAAAAACUAAAAAAAACCCUCAGACGCUUUUUGCUAUCUGCUACAGGCUGCUAAUGAUUUUUGUAUGCAAGAAUUGGAAUGAACUGGUUUUCAUGUUUGUACUGCUCAUUUAUGGAAUAACAUGUGGUAAUCCAUUAUUAUUCGCAUUGCUAUUUUAUUUUAAUCUAAAUAUGAAAACUUGGGUGAAAAUUGCUCUAAUGCGCUUCAUAAAUAACAAAUAUAAAUGGAUAGAAAAAAGGAUUUGAAGUUUCUCGUUUCUUUUUUUAUACAAUGCAAUGCUGUAUCCAUAAAUGAACAUGAAUAAACAGGUCAGUAAAGGAUCGGCAAUGAAGAUGUCUCCUUCUCUCUGGUUCAAAGUGAAGCUGUCACUCACUGAGUGUGCGGGAAGAUGCAAUAGAGCAUAAAAUGUAUGAAUUUAGCAAAGUUCCUUUUCAUAACGUGCUUCCAAUUCAUCUGAUGUAAAAAGCUGAUUCAUGUUCUACUUGCUUUUGCCCAAACAUGAUUUGAGUGUCAGAUAGACCUGCAUUGAAAAACUUUUUUUUUUUUUUCCUAAAGAAUUCCUCCAGCAUUUAUUAUUUUCCCUAAAAGUUUUCUUUCUUAGCUUGGCUUGUAUCUUCUUUUUCCAUGCUUUCAUAUGCAACCGUUUUUGUUGGUAAGUAAGAUCUGCCUUUACUUUAUUUCAGUGCUGUUUCCAAGCACGCAACUUUGAAUGUACUUGCGCAUGCAUAUGCAUAUAUAUAUAUAUAUAUAUAUAUAUAUAUAUAUAUAUAAUAUUAUUUUUUUUGCUUGUUGCUGCUCCCUGUGUGCUGUUUUGAAAUAUGUCUGUGUGAUCUUUUUCAGUGGUGUAACAAUCUAUUUCCUUUAAAAACAGAAUGGAAGGCACUGAACAGCUUUUAUUUCAGAUUUGUUUUAAUAUGUAAUAGUAUUCUGCAAGGAUUCCAUGGCCAAAAAUUACAUUCCCAUCAGAAUCAUCAAAUAGAACCUUGUAGUAGAUGGUAAUAUCACACCUUUUGGGUUAUUUGUUGGUCACCAUCAAAAGAAUCAAAUAUAAGGCAGCUAUGUUUUUUUUUUUUUGUUUUUUUUAAGUGAGUAGAAGGAAUCGCUUAUCAGGGCAGCAAUAAGGUAGAAAGACCAGGUAAAAACAUGAGCCAUUUUACUCCAAAAUCUAGCUUUGAUUAGCAGGAAUAAACGCUUCUUAAUGAAGGGGCGCUAUAUGUUUAACUGCUUUAUUACAAGCCUGGGAUGGAUGUUACAUUUCAUGUGCUCAUACUGUAAUAAAUCUCUGCCAAAAAUAGUCAUUUGGGAGGAGACUAUUUGUUUAGGUAAUGUUUGUUUGUGGUUUAAAAGCAGGAAGGGGAACUAUGCUGUCACUGACACAGGGGCCUAACUAGGGCAUUUGACAACCGGGGCGGAUCAUAUAUUUGACACCCCACUUGACAUACACCCAACUUUAAAAUGUAAAAAACACCCUCAAAUGUUCUUCAUGUAUUUGGCACUGAGCAGUGUUUGUGUGUUUGAAUGUAAGCAUCUUUUUGUAUGAAGUAUGUGUGAAUGAAUGUAGGUGUGUGUUUGUUUGUAGUGUUGGCAUUUGAAUGCAGGCGUGCAUUUGUGUGUAAUGUGGCUUUAUAAUAUGGAGGUGUGUUUGUAUGUAGUGUUGGCAUUUGAAUGCAGCAGUGCAUUUGUGUGUAAUGUGGGCAAAGUGCUGAGAUGUAUGCACAUCUACACACACUGACACACAUGCAAAUACACUGACAAACAUACAGAUAGACACAUAGAUACACACAUGCAGCUACACAGAUACAAACACUGACAAACCUACAAAUACACAGAUACAGACACACACAUACAGAUAAACCUAUACAGACACACACACAUACAGACACAGAUACACACAUACAGACAGCAUAGGUAUAAGUGUGUGUAUUGUAUGUAAUGUGUGUGUUUUUCUGUACUGUAUGUGUUUCCGUAGUGUAUGUAGUGUGUGUUUGUAGUGUAUGAUAAGUACAGCAGUUUGGGUUUAUUCCCCCGUCAUGGCCUCUUACCUGUGGCCACGAAGGGGGACACACUAGAUUCCUUAGUACUAUUAUUGAACGGACCACCACAAUUAGUUAUUUAAAUGUAUCUCUACGAACUAUCAAAAUAACUCCAUCUUGAUCAGUUCAUUGAGAUUUAUUUAUUUUUAAUAUUCUUUAUUAAAUACAUAAAUAAAGGCAUUUAAGGUACAAAUCACAGUUCAAUUAGAUAAGAGUAUACAAAAGUUAAAGUUGUUUUACAGUGACCAAAACAUUUUUAAAGCUCGCCAACAAACAAAAGCAAAUAAACUAUGUAGCUUAAUCAUAUCUCCAAUGUACAGCGUCCACAAUUGCCCUAAAAAACCCUUGACAAUGCGUUUUCACUUUAAGCAUCAUAUAGUGCAUUUAUUCCUACUAAUUACUGUUUUUUUAAUUGGUGCAAUAUACAGAUAGUAACUAAAUGGAGACUAUUUCACCUAAGUAAAUUUUAUAGUGGUAUGACAUGUGGAGCAAUUCCUCACUGCUAAUACAUUCCUACCGCUCACACUGUUCCCAUAACCUAUUCGGUUCCUAUGGAUGCCUUAGCUUUCUCUUAAGGGAAGGUUUAAUUUAUUAAUGAGAACAAACAUGAAAGCCCUUUACAAGCAUUUUAUAUGGCUGUCUCAUUGGCAGACACAAAUGUGAAUUCACAAUAUAUUUACAUAAUUUUCAUAAUCUAUAUAUUCAUUUUAAAUAGGGUUCUUAGAUAAGUUACAAAAUGUCGGAUUUGGUUAACUUUCAAGGCCACUUUAUACAUGCUUAAGAUACACUUAGAUUUAAUAUUUAUUAUUUCAUUGGGAAUGGUUAUGGAAAUUUUUAUUUUAGACUGUUUCCAGAUGCUUAGUAAAAUAAGAUGAGACCCUGUUAAACAAAUAAUUUAGCUCAGCUUUCAUUUUCUUUGUAAAUAAUUUCCAAAUGGUUAUUUUCCAAGUUGGCCUAUAUGUAAAACUAGGCAAUUUAAAGGGAUACUCUAAUCAAAAUAAUAUGAUAGACUUACUUCCAGUAGCAGUGGAGUGCUUAGCUGUAGGUGCUUGGAUGUGUUUUGUCAUACUGAUUAAAAACAAUUUAACACUAACCAGGAGACUCCACCCACAGACCUUUUGCAGUAUAACCAUACAAUGCGUUGUGAUUAAAGUGCCCCUGUAGAAAGUAUUUUUUUAAAAUGCGGAAAUAAUACUUGGAGAUGUUCAAACUCACCUUAGGUUUUACUGAUAAUAUAUUCAUAUAUAGUAAUCCAUUGUAGAGAUCAACAAUAUAAAUAGUUUUAUUGUUAAGAUACCAUUCUAGAGAUCUGUAGUGUGUCUAUUUAAAUCAAAUAUUCAACAUAACAGAGAAGUGUGUCCAUAUUAAAUGCUUCUUAGACAGAAUAUGUUGUGGAUAUGUAAUAAUUUUGAACCUAUGUGUUUCCAAGACGGAUUAUGUGUUGUCCUAUCAUAUAAGCCCCAUCUGGCCUUUGUCUUUUCAUAUGUGAGCAGUCUUGCUUAAAUAUUAACGUUUAAUCAACUCAUGUAAAUUGUCUUGAGCUGAAUGAAUACACAUUCCAUAAGUAUGUAUCACUGGAAUCUCAAUUAGCACAUUGCUCACAUUUUCUCUCUGCCUUGCAGAAGUGGUACCCCAUCCCCAAAAAGAACAUCUGUUACGGCUAGACCUGCUAUGAUGAGAGGAAGUAGAGAUCGAUUCACUGGAGAGUCUUACACAGUGUUGGGUAAGGUUCUAUUUGGAAGCUCAUGCAGCUCUGUAAUAUCACCAGUUUUGGUUGUUUAAUAUAUACUUAAGGGAACACUAUAGGCAUUAUAACAACUUUUGACUUAAUGAAACAGUUUGGGUGUAUAGAUCAUGCCUCUGCAGUCCCACUGCUCAAUUCUCUGCCGUUUAGGAAAUAAAUAACUUUUGUUUCUGUUAAUGCAGGCCUCACGCAGCCUGCAAGAAAAAAAAAAAAAGGUUUCAUUUUCAGUCAUAACUUGAUUUAGAAGAUUUGAUCUGUCGCUCUAUAACUUGAACUUUAAUCACUAACAGGAGACUCCUGCUAAAAGGCUUUUAACAGAGCAGCAGUUAAGAAAUUAAAAAUAAUGUGCAAUAAAAGGAAGUUUAAAUAUUAGAUCUCUCUAGGAAGUGUUUAGGAAGGCUGUGUAAGUCACAUGCAGGAAGGUGUGACUGUCAUUCAUUGACUGAGAGCACCCAUCUUACACUCUCAAUCAAGGAAUGAUACGAAUAUAGCUUUCUGCAGAGAGGAGGAGACCAGGAGCCUUGUGGGGACCCAUAUUAGAGGGCAAGUCGUUGCAAAGUGGUUUGCCCUGCUAGCCAUAAUGCUGACAAAGCAUCAGGGGAGAUGUAGUUCAUAACAUCUGGAGUGCUGAAUGUUGCCUACCCUUGGCUAUAUGGACAAUCCAGACUCCUAUAGCAUUACAGCUUACUGUAGUUAUUUUUGUGUGAGUGUGUGUCCUUUUUUCAUUUUACAAAAAGAACAGAUUUUAAUAGAAAUUCUCACUUUUAGAAAUGAACUUUGUUAGGACAACCAGUCCUGCUACUUCCUGGUUGUUUAGCUCAAUGAUGUUAAACACAAUCGGCAAGUAAUUGCCCAGACCACUUAUUUUGCAAAGACUUCUCAUUCAGCUGCUUUGGGAAGUCUGUAAUUGGAGCCAAAGAAAGUAUGGGCGGGGAUAGAAGGGGUGGACUUUCAAAGGAGAGACCUGCGACUUUUGCAUGCUUUUUUAGGUAUAACUCCAAUGAAAAAAAUGCAUAAUUAAAUACAUGCAUUCUUUUGUUGGGGGUAUAUCUACUAAAUAGUAGUUUAACACUUUUGUAUUUGGGCAGGGAAAUGCCCCUUUAAUGAUAUGCACCAUACCUGCUUAUUGCUAUUGCUAUUUGGAAUGGUGUCAAUUUUUUUAAUUAUAUGUAUUAAUUCAUUAAUUUUAAUAUGCAAAAACUUAUGUGGCUGAUGUUUCAACUAGUGUCUUUCUUUAUAUAUGUAAUUAUGUAAUGUAAGUCUUCAUGUUAAUUUACUAUGUAUUUAAAGGACCACUCUAGGCACCCAGACCACUUCAGCUUAAUGAAGUGGUCUGGGUGCUAGGUCCCUCUAGGAUUAACCCUUUUUUAUAAACCUAGCAGUUUCCGAGAAACUGCUAUGUUUAUAAAUGGGUUAAUCCAGCCUCUAAUGCCUCUAGUGGCUGUCUCAUUGACAGCCGCUAGAGGUGUUUGCGUGCUUCUCACUGUGAAAAUCACGGUGAGAAGAAGCAAGCGUCCAUAGGAAAGCAUUGUAAGUGCUUUCCCAUGAGACAGACUGACUGCGCGCGCAGCUCCUGCCACGCAUGCGCAUUCAGCCGAAGAGGAGGAGGAGAGCUCCCCGUCAGGCGCUGGAGAAAGAGGCAAGUUUAACCCGUUCCUACUCCCUCAGCACCACGGGAGUGGGACCCUGAGGGUGGGGUCACCCUCAGGGCACUAUAGUGCCAGGAAAACUAGUAUGUUUUCCUGGCACUAUAGUGGUCCUUUAAGAUCCAAUUUGUCCAUUGUCAAAAGUACUACAGAUGCAUUUGUAACUUAAAAAAAUUAUUUGCUACAUGCAUGUUAUGUACAGUUUUUACCUUUUGUAACUAGAAUUUGUUUUGUUUCAACAGGGGACACAACAAUUGAAAGUGGGCAACAUUACUGGGAAGUAAAAGCUCAAAAAGACUGCAAAUCCUACAGUGUAGGCAUCUCGUACAAAUCCAUUGGCAAGUUUGACCAACUAGGAAAAACGAACACCAGUUGGUGCUUACAUGUCAACAAUUGGUUACAGGCAGCAUUUGCUGCAAAACACAAUAACAAGGCCAAAGCUUUGGAGAUGCCUGUUCCUGACAGGAUAGGUAUAUACUGCGAUUUCGAUGGAGGUAAGGAUUGGUUUACUGUCCAGUGACUCCUAAUUUUGUGUGUGUGUAAAAGAGAGACUGGGCUGUUAAACAUAUCUGGUGAUUUUAUACAUGUAAUAUUCUUGCCGAAUCAUGACUGGCCAAUGUGUGUGUUGCAGAGACAAGUGACUGGCUAUUUUGUGUGCUAGUUUGAGGUGUCUGCAGUUUGUAUGGUGUUAGUUGUGUGUAAGUGUGUUUCAAGGCAAAUGGCAGCAUUAUUAAGCAAUACUUUAAAACAUAAUCUGAAAAAUAGUAGUUUGCAUUAUGUUGGCAUGAGAUCUUUUUCAGAACUGGCUAGUAGCUUAUAACCUGAAAUUUUGAGCCCUGCUGUGUAUGACGUUGGUAUAUUUUAAUUGUCACAGAUUUUAAAUGUGUUUUAAUAAAUCGCUAUUAACCUUUUUACACACCUCCCUUAUCUAUUAUUUUCUUCAUUUUUUUUCAUCAUAACAAUUUGAUAACAUAACUGUUUUUGUUUUCUUUUGCAGGUCAACUGUCAUUUUAUAAUGCAAAUACAAAACAGUUACUGUACAGCUUUAAAUCAAAGUUCACACAGCCAAUUGUCCCAGGAUUUAUGGUUAGUAUAAAGUUAAGUUUUUUUUUUUUCUUUUCAAAAUCGCAAUCUGGCUUCUAAAAGCUUUAUGUCAGCCAUUGUCAUUGACCGCUCUAUCUUCAGUGCUGGUAAAUGAAUAAUGCAUUCAGUUUUGGUGUAGGACCCUUAAUAAACAUAUUGUUAUUGUGGCCCUGACCAACUUUACUUCAAGAAUUUCCUCGGGGGAAAAAAAAUUGGUUGCAGAUUAAAGAUGGCUAGUAGAAAGAUAUAAAGGAAUUUUGAAAUCUGUCCAUAUAACAUAUACAGUGGGACCUCGGUUUACAAAUUUAAUGCGUUCUCCGGGACGUUUCUUAUUGCGAAAAAUUCGUAAACCAAAACGUGGUUUCCCAUGGGAAUGCAUUGAAAACCAAUUAAUCCAUUCUGUAGAUCAGAAAAAAAGUCAAAAUGAGCUGGCAUGGAAACCAACCCACAAUGUAGAAUACACAAUAAAAGGCAUGCAAACAGUGAAGCGAAGCUCCUGACCUUUCCACAGCUUGAGAAAUUCACCAAAAAAACGGAAAUUAAUUUCCAGAAUGGCUCCAAAACUCGAUGCAAAAGCCGCUCCAACACCUCCACGUGCUACCCACAGGCUCCAGCAUGCAGGUGGCGGUGCUAUAAACCUCCCAGGUGCAAUGCAUCCUGGGGAAACAUCCUUUGUAUUGCAAACAUUUUUUGUAAACCGAGGCAUUAUUUUCAAUGGAUUUUCAUUUGUAAACCGAAAAUUAUGUUAACCUAGGCAUUUGUAAAUCGAGGUCCUACUGUAUUGUAAUCAAGGAGAAAGAUGAGAGGCUACCAUGAGGCCUACAGCAAUCCUGAAGUGGAACUGUAGACACUCACAAGUUAGGUGCACUGUGGAGGGAAGGGAUUACUUUUAUGCUAUGUGUUCAACUUUUAUGCCUCGUAUUUUUUGUGGAGUUUCAUAAUGCACUGUAGAGCAAAACACGCCAGCACUGAGAUGUCAAUUGUUGUCUGAUACAUUUCCAACAAGUGACAGGUCUAGACUGGACAUCCCGGUCAGUAAAAACAGGGCAGUGGAAAUUCAAAUUAAUUCUAAAAUUGCAUACCAUAAAUGCAAUCAUCUUGAUUGUUUGCAUUUUUAGGAUUUAUAAAAUAAUUCAAUACUCUACUCGGUUUUAGCCAUAGUAAUCAAACCUCUUUUCAAACAAAGUAAUUUUUUAUUAGCAGAGCAGUGCACUUGGUAUACCUCCUUACUUGCAUGUGACGCUCUAAAGAUGGGCAAAAUGUUUUGCCAAGUUAAAAAGACGGUCAUGAAAUAGAGAAGUGAGACACACCCUCUCAAUUGAAAUGGCCCAUGUUUUCAGGAUAUUAAACUGGUCAAGGUGGUUCUCCCUGUCUCAUUUUGCUAUCCUUUCCAUUACUGGAAAUAGUCCUACUCUGUCCAUAAUGGACACAAUUCAAGUUCAAUAUUUCACAAAUAGACAUUGGGUAAUUUUCUUUCGACAUUUGGAAUCCAUAUUGGUUAACAUGGAAUUUGUUAGGGGUCCUGAUGAAAGUUGCCACAGAUGCACAGGGCUGUUUAAUUGAGGGUCAUGUAUGAUUUUGUGUAACACUGCUUUUUUAUCAGUAAACUGGAUUAUGGUCUUAUUAAAUGUGGACUAUCGUAUUUUAAUCUUUACCUCUACGGAUCAAUUUUCAUCAGAGCUCUAUUGAUAGUGUAAACAUUUUUAUUUACGUUAUGCAAGUCAGUUUAUGUGGAUUGUUUGGUAGUGGUAUAUGUAGGUUCUUUAAGAACUGCGGUAUCCAUUUCUUGUUGGGUCUCUAUAACCAUCUAUUUAGAGGCCAUGCCAGUAUAAUUUUACCGAACUGUAAAAUGUACGCUCUAUGAGAGCCGAGGUAUUCACUUCAUUCCUUGCUUAUGUGGUAAUGUAGGCUAACUAUAGCCCAAGGUAAUACAUCUCAUUUAAUGGUGUAUUGGACUCUCUGCAAGUUGAGAUUUUCAGGGAUAUGGGUGUCUGCAUUUAUCCUUUAGAAGAGACUGCAAAGAUUAAUCACAUAGUAGCUUGUUGCUUCGUCAUUCAGUAAUCUGAGUGGGCGGUUGGUUUUUAGUAGGACACCUAGGGAUUUGAUAUGGUGUCUAAAGUAACAAUUGUUUGUUACAGUCAGACUCUGGUCCCCUCUAAUGUUACAAUUUCCUGUAUGAGAAAGUAAGCAAGCUUGCUUUAACUAGGUCUUUCUAGUCAUUUUAAUGUCGUUAUUACUAUUAUUAUAUUUAUAUAGCGCUUUACAAUGGGUGGACUAACAAACAUGUAAUUGUAACCAGACAAGUUUGAUGCACAGAAACAGAGGGGUUGAGGGCCCUACUCAAUGAGCUUACAUGCUAGAGGGAGUGAGGUUAAGUGACACAAAAGGUAAGGGAAGUAUUAGGGAAGUAUUAGAUUGGUAGAAUAGUAUUCAAUUAAGACUUAGUGUGGGUUUUUUCGGAGCCAUUAACAUUUUAAUUGAUUCACUUUUGUGAAAAAGUGAGUUUUUAAUGAUUUUUUUUGAAUGAGUGGAGACUGGGUGAGCGUCUAACGGAGAACGGAAGGGAGUACCACAGGAACGGUGCAGCCCUAGAGAAAUUUUAAAUGCGAGAAUCAGAGGAUAGAUGCAGGUCUUCCGUAGAGCGUAGGGUCAUAGAUGGGACAUACUUGUGUAUUAGGGAGGAUAGAUAGAUAGAUGGGAUUAGCAUUAUGUAGAGAUUUGAAAGCAAGAACCAGAAUUUUAGAUUGAGCCCUAUAUCUUACGGGAAGCCAAUGCAGGGACUUGACAGAGAGGUGAGGCUUGGGAGAUGCGGGCGGACAGGAAGAUGAGCCUUGCCGCCACAUUCAUUAUAGACUGCAAUGGGCAAAUGUCUAUAAAUAGACAUUAUAGACUGCAAAGUUGGGCGCACGUAAGACCACAGAGAAGCGGAUUGCAGUAGUCAAGGCGAGAGAGGACAGUGGCAUGGACCACUACCUUAGCCGCAUCUGGCGAAAGAAGGGUGUGAUUCCUAAGAUAUGUAGAGACACUUAUACAUUACAAUGUCUACCUUUUAAUAGUAGGUGCACUCUAAUAAUUGGAUGCAAAAGUUAAAUGUUUUUUACAUACCAUGCUUGUUUUUUCUACAGGUGUUUACUUUCUUGGAUUUUGUCACUGUGGUGUAGAAGGGUCAUAGAAGUUGGUGGCAGAUAUGAUAAUUCUGUGUUUUGUUUUUUUGACAUGUUUGGAUACUGAUGCAAAAUUAGACAGUUAUACCAGUAACAUUAGCAGCAUAAUAAAAACAAUAUCCUAAGAAGAAUAGGCAGUUGUACAACUCUGAAGAGGUACAUUGUAAAGAUAUUUAAAACUUUUUUUUAAAAAAAAGGUACAAGCAGUAAUGGAAGUGAUCAAGUUUCAGAGCAUAAUAAUUGCACAUGUACAAUUAUUGCAGACUGAAAAGUAAAUAUAUAGAAAGAUAUAUAAUGUAGUAAAAUAUUAGAAUUUUCUUAAAAUUGAUCACUUAGGACAAUAUGGGUUUCAUAUUGGAGAUGACUUGACACACAAUUGAUAUUCAUCACAAUUUUAUAUCUGAACUCUUGACUGUAAGAAAAUAGAGACAUUUUAUCUUUUAACAUGGGUUGACUGCUUUGCAAUCAAAACUACACAUACAUGAUGCAAUAUUGUGUCUUAAACAUAGUAAAGUAAAUUACCAAUUGGUACAAUAUCAUUUUUGGAUGUUCCUUGUUACCAGAUUGUAUAAAACUGAGCUAUUCAUUUUUCUUUCUUUUUAGGUUUGGUGUGGCGGGAUCACAUUGUACACAGGGCUACAGGUUCCAAGUGCUGUGAAAACACUUCAGAAAUCUGAAAAUGGAAUGGGUGGCUCAUCUAACAGUCUAACUAGUGUUGCUCAAUAACCUCACUCAGUAAUCACCUGAUAGGAUUAAUGGAUCGUUUGCUCUGACUUGAGUGGAUUUUUAGUGAAUUUCAUUUUAUUUAGUAACGUGGUGGUUGCUGUUCACCAAAACUGUGAGCAAACAGAUCGUUUGGGUGAUUGGCCCAUUGCUGCUCCGGGACUUGCGUUGCUCUUGGUGCUCUGCUUCUAUGCUGAUAAGGUCAGCUCUAAGCAAGUCAGCAGGUCUAUACUGCACAGGAUGGAGGACCUAUGGACAAGGCACGGAAAAGAAGUACAUGUGAAACUUUUAGGUUGCUUUUUGUGGUUAUGGAUACAGCCUUGUAGCCUGUGUAACUUACAUUAAGCGUAAUAUAUGACUGGAUUUUCAAAUGUGACCAUUCAAACACCUUUAUAGAGGGCUUUCUGGCUCUCUGUAUUUCGAGAGAGAGCAUGCAAACUAGGCAGGCUUUUAACAUAACAUCCUCCUAAUUAUAGAUUUAGUGGUGCAACCAAUGAAAAACAAAAUAUGUCUCCUACCAUCUUUUAAUUGUCUAGGAGUGAGACUUGCCAGCUAAUUCCAAGUGAGAGAUUAAAUCAUUUUUUACUUUCAAACUCAAAGGGUUUUGUGUAUAAAUGCCGAUUCUGGAGCAAAGGUUCUAGAAGUGGAACAAUUAGCAGGGAAAUGUUCCUGCUUUUUGUCCUACUUUUAUAAACUGAAAAUGUAUAAUUUCGUCUUACAAGACUCUUCGUGGAUAUAAAAAUUGAAAUAGACAAGCCGUGUUUUCCAAGAAACAGAAAAAAAAAAUCAAUCUUCCUUUAAAACAAUACAGACAAUUCUUUAGAGCAUUUACACAGGCAACAAUGUUUUUUUCUUUUAACAACCAAAGAUGUGGUUGAACUGUUGCCUGUGUAGCUGUAGAGAUUGUCUAUGUGGUUUUGAACGAGUGCUGGGCCAUUUUGAUCAUCACUAAAUAUUUAUUUUCUACACUUUCCAUCAAUCAAGCUGUUGAAUAUAUGCCAAUACUGCAUAUCAUUUAAAUAUUAGUAUAUACCUAAAUGAUUUGCACAUAUCAUUAGAUGGGUAGGAUUCCUUGUUUUUUUUUUUUUUGUUUCUGACCAUACAGUGUAGCUUUCACUGAAGAUAGCAUGUUAAUGAUAUUUUGGAUAAGAGAUCAAAAAGAAAGAAAACAAACAUGGCAGAGUAUGUAAGCCUAAAUAUUAGGUUUAAAUAUUCAUGAACACAGAAAAAAGUGCAUUAAAAUGGUUUAAAUACUAAUAGUUUGGAUGUUCAUAUUACAUUCUUAGCUCUUUUAAGACAUAUUCGAUUUUGUUCAACUCUUGUGGGUUGCACCUUUUAAAAUGAUGGCCUUUUUAAAGCAAAAAAUAAAAAUUUAGAUAUAUUCAGUAUUGCCUCUGUAUUCAUUAAUGAGUCAUAUGCAUUAACCAAGUCAUUAUUGUCACUUGCUCCACUAUCACAAUAGGAGCGGUAGCUGCAUUAAAGUUUAUUUUACUUUAAUAUGUUGUCUUCAAGUUUCUGAUUUAAAAACUCAAAUGAAUAUCAAUCUUUAUUUCCAUUUUUAAAACUUUUUUUUUUUAAACCUAUUUAAAUGAAAUUAAAUAAAUCCUUUCC